CGUAAAGCAAAAACAUCAUAUUGGUCCGUCCAUCCUUAUCCUUUCCACCAAACUGACUCAACAUCACAAACUGACUCAACAUGACAAUCACAAAAUCCUCCAAAAACCUCAUAGCUUUUUUCGAAAGAAAUAAUGUCGUAGAGCGCUCGUUAAUUUUUCUCGUUACUUUUCGACCGUUCACUAUAGUUUGUAGUGUUGAGAGACUCAGAUUUUUAUAGUUUUUUCAUGAUUGUUUGAAAUAUUUGACUAGUAUAUAUUCACUAUCUUCAGAAUCUUAUGAGUAUUUAGGCUUCUUAUCGAGUUUAAUAUCUAUUGUAUCUUCUUCGCUGUCAGUAGGGAUUUCUUGUAUUUGUAAUAAUUCUUGUUAAGAGUUAGAUUAUUCAUUAAAAAAAUUGGAUCAUUUUCGUCGAGUCGUUCUCUAUCCUGUUGUGGUGCUAUUCGUUCCUGUUCUGACAGGCACAACAGUGAUUUGCUUGCUUUCCCGCGUGCACUCGAGCAGGAUGAGCGUUAGAAAGGUACUAGCGAUUGAUGUUGCUAUAAGGCGCAGCUUCAAGAGACCAGCACUGCGUAAGUAGUUUUACCGUAGGCCAAAAGAAUGCAAAUUUCAUGUCUGUUAUUAAUCAUUUCCUAUUUCUCCAUCGUCGAUUCUGAAAAAUCUAACUAUUCUUCUUAUGCUAAACGAAAUAUAAUCCUUUUGUCCCUCUACGACUACAGGUGGUCUUGACUGCUUCGGCGGCCUAGAUGGAGACCGAACCCGGGGAUGGCCCCGGCAGCGCCGGGCCUGCAGUUGCAGGAGGGGCGGGAAUAAAUUUUUUGCAAAUAGGCGGGAGCAGCUCCUCUCGGAGCCGGACGUGGCGGAAGGAUGAUGAGGAAGCCUACAGAAGAACUUCUGAUGAAGAGUGUUCAUCAGUUGCUUCUUGUAGCAGGUCUUCAACUUCUACAGAGCAAACAGCAGAGGAUGUGAAGUCCUGUGAUGUCUUAGGGGGUGGGAGCUUCGACGAAUGUAGUACUAGAAAUAGUCUAGUAGGAAAAAUAGCGUCAUCGCGAGUGAGAAGACGCGAUGGCAGCUUUGGCGACUCCCCAGGGUCAAGAGUAAAAAGAAGAAAAAGGAGAAGGAAACAACAAAAUAGCGCAAGGUGUGGCAGCACCGGUCGCAGUAUGGAGCAAGAUGACGCAGACAAUGAUCAUGAUCAUAGCAGGACUUCUAGUAGCGCGUGGCAGCGCGUGAAAGAAGUAGGAGUUGAAGACCGACGCUGCAGGCGGCGUUGUAGAACAAGCGCUCGUUCUAGAAAAUCGAGCGACAUAGAACAAUGUUCGCGACCACCAGAUCAUGAAGAACAGUGGUCCAAAAAUAGCAAGAACCACAGAACCUCAUUUUCCCAGAAGAACUACUCCCGCAACAACAACAACAACAACAACAACAACAAGAGUUUCUUCUCCUUCCUCCCAACGACCACCAUGACCUUCUAUUUUUUCCUCUAUUCCUUUUUCUACCUCACGGUGACGAACGCCUUCGUGCUGAUUUCCCGAGUGGGGGAAAUUUCCCUGUUGGGUCCCGUAGAUAUUGAUCCUAGGAAUGAGGUGCAACCACAAGUUAGCUUCCGUUUUAACGGGCAGAGAACGUGGAGCAUCUAUAGAAACCCGGGACGUAGUGAGGACGACUUACAGAAAGGCGCUUUGGUCAUUGCGAAGGAAACUUCGGUACUAGCAUAAUUAUAUUAUAAUUUCAAGAUGUUGAAAUUGAAAAUGUACUGUUUGAGACUUGUAGAUUUUGAUUCCUUGAAAGUAAGUGUCGUGUUUCUCUGGACGAGUCUUGCUUGCUUUUGAUCUUGAGAGCGAGAAGCACUCCUAGUUUGUUGGUCGUUGAGAGUAGGAUGUUUUUCUAUCGAGGAGAGACUUCAAAAAUUUCAGUUUUUUUUUAGAGUUGUGAUCCACGCCCAGCAGCAAGAAUUGUAGAAUUAUACUGUUUCCACUUUCUUCAUCUUCUCGUUCACAUUCUCUCUCAUCUUUCCCACCUCUCAUCUUUCCCAUUUUUACCCUCUCAUCUUUCACUCUCGCACAGGUCGACGGCGGCCCCAGUGAGAAGGAGGAUUAUAUCACGCUGAAGAGCAGCGACGAGGAGAUCCUCUUCUGGACUAAACUGAGUGUCACAGACGCGGUGAACCUCGGAAAAAGUCUGUCCGUGAACAGCGACUCUAGACUCGCUGGCAGAACCACUAUUGGCGCUCCGCAAGUCGCGUCUGACACCAGUGCGGGCACCGUGGUGGCGAACAAGCUCUCAGUGGCGCAGGAGACGGUGUUCGGCGACAAGUUGUCAGUCCGACAAAUGGUGAAAUUGGGUUCAAUCUUGUCCGUGUUCGGGGACGGCUUCUUCGGCGCGGGCAUGAGCGUACGACAAUUCGUCAUGUUUGGACACCGACUUUCCGUCUUCAACUUCGUCUCCUUCUCGUCCAGUUUCUCAUUGAGAUACUUCGCACGAUGCGGAUCGAACCUCUCAGUGUUCCACUGGGCACGGUUCGGCAGUGCAAUGUCAGUGUUGGGCUUCACGCAACUGGCGAGUUCCCUGUCCGUGACGGCGUUUACGCGGUUGGGAGGAAAUUUGUCCGUGUUCUGUAAGGGUAUUCUGGGCAGUAGCCACAGUGUGCUAGACUUCGUCUCCAUGGGCAGUUCACUGUCGAUCCGUCAGUACCAACGAUGUGGUAGUUCCUUGUCGAUGUACGGCAUUUCGCGAAUGGGAUCUAUGCUCUCAAUUCUGGACUACAUCAGUUGCGGCAGCACGAUCUCAGUACGUGGUUUUGCGCGAUACGGAAGUAGCAUGAGUGCCUAUGGGCUGUUGAGAAUGGGCAGUGUUCUGUCCCUGCUGGACGUGUGCUACAUCGGCAGUGUUUUUUCGCUCCGAAGUUUCGGUCGUGUAGGAAGUAGCUGCAGUAUCUACGGAGUGACGCGAAUUGGAAGUUCGCUGUCGGUACUCGACUUCGCUUCCAUGGGUAGUGCGCUGAGUUUGCGCGCCUAUUGCCGUAUCGGAAGCGGUGCGUCCUGCUACGGGAUGAUGCGGUUAGGCAGCAACUUAUCGAUCCUAGACUUCGUGCACAUUGGUUCUGCCCUGUCAAUCCGCAGCUACGCACGUAUCGGACUGACCAUGAGUGUCUACGGUCUGGCGCAGUUGGGCUCUACACUGUCGAUUCUGGACUUUGCGCACUUUUCGAGUAGCAUGUCAGUGAGAAACUUCCAGCGAUUGGGCAGCACGAUGAGCCUCUAUGGAAUGGGCUUCUUAGGAUCCGCGAUGUCCGUGUUGGAUUUCGUUUCCUUCGGUAGCUCCAUCACUUGUCGUGCGUUCGCCAGACUGGGAUCGACCUGCUCUGUCUACGGCUUCUCGAAGAUCGGGAGCUCACUGUCCGUGUUGGACUUCUUCAGCAUCGGCAGUAGUAUGAGUUCACGAUCCUUCGCGCGAUUGUCCUCCAGUUGCAGUGUGUUCGGACUGACGAGACUGGGCAGUGGACUCUCCUUGCUGGAUUGCAGCUCGUUGGGCAGCAGCAUGUCUCUGCGGUCCUUUCUGCGUGCUGGGUCGAUCAUCUCCGUGUACGGCAUGACGCGCAUUGGAUCGCUGAUGUCUGUUCUGGACUAUGCUCAUUUCGGCAGCAGCGUUUCGAUCCGCAACUUCGUGCGCGUCGGGAGUUCCACUUCCGUCUUCGGAAACACGCGCGUCGGCAGCUUCGUGUCCGUAGCACAGCAAGGCUACUUCGGGUCCAGUGUGUCGGUGACGACUUUUGUGCGUUUGGGCUCCGCGUUGUCAACUUUCGGUGUAGCGCGGUUUGGAAGCUCAUGCUCGAUUCUCGACUUCACCCACAUUGGAAGUUCGUUGUCGUUGCGCAGCUUCGUGCGUCUGGGAAGUAGUUUCUCAGUGUACGGCUUGACGAGACUGGGAAGUAAUUUGUCGAUCCUGGACUUUGUGAACAUGGGAAGCAGUUUGUCGCUAAAAAGCUACGUGCGUAUCGGUAGUUCGCUUUCCGUCUACGGUGUGGCGUCUCUUGGAUCCGCGUUUUCGAUCCUGGAUUACGCGAGCAUAGGCAGCACGAUCAGCGUCCGAUCCUUGGCUCGGCUAGGAUCCUCCAUGUCGCUGUACGGUCUGUCCAAUUGCGGUUCCAGUCUAUCCGUUUUGGACUUCAUGCAGGCAGGCAGCAGUAUGAGUGUGCGCACGUGCACGAGACUCGGCGUCAUGCUCUCUGUGUUUGGAAUGACGCGCUUCGGCAGCGCUCUGUCGCUGUUGGACUGCGGAAAUAUUGGUUCUGCGACCAGUCUGCGUAGCUUUCAGCGACUGGGCAGUUCGCUUUCCGUCUUCGGAGUAUCAUUCGUCGGCAGCUCAUUGUCCGUCUUAGACUUCGUAGGAUUCGGUAGCGGCGUUUCCGUGCGCACCUUUGUGCGAUUAGGCUCUAGCUGCUCAGUGUACGGCUUCGUGCGACUUGGGUCGGCAAUGUCAGUCUUGGAUAGCACCAACUUCGGAAGCUCAAUGUCUAUCCGACAGUUUUUGCGAGUCGGACGAUCGGUUUCGGCUUACGGACUAGCACGACUGGGCUCCAGCUUGUCCGCCUUGGACUUCGUCACGAUGGGCAGCUCCAUGAGCUUGAGGGCCCUGGUCAGAUACGGCUCAUCAAUGAGUGUCUACGGCGCAGCCAGACUAGGAUCCACGCUCUCAGUCUUGGACUUCGUGCACAUUGGAAGCAGCUUCUCUGCGAGAACGUUUUCGCGGGUCGGGUCCUCACUUUCCGUGUUCGGAGUCGUGCGUUUGGGAUCUGCGAUUUCUGUGCUAGAUUUCUGCACGUUCGGUUCCGGCAUGAGUCUCCGAUCCUACGCACGAUUAGGCAGUUCUAUGUCCUUGUACGGCUUUGCACGGUUUGGAAGCGGCUUCUCAGUGCAAGACAUGGCGUCUCUGGGUAGCUCGUGCUCAGUCCGAAAGCUCGCUCGAUUAGGAUCUUCGCUUUCGUCGUACGGAGUCACGAGAUUGGGCAGCUGCUUGUCCGUGCUGGACUUCGCGCAGAUGGGCAGCAGCAUGUCGUUGCGAAGCUUUGCUCGUAUGGGCAGCAGCAUCUCGCUGUUCGGCUGCGGCCGUAUUGGAUCGAGCAUGUCCGUGUUGGACUUCGCGUGCUUGUCCUCGUGCUGCAGUGUGCGAUCCUUCACCCGAAAAGGAGGAGCACUCUCUGUCUACGGAUUAGGGCUUUGCGGCAGCAACUUCUCGUUGCUAGAUACCAUCACAAUUGGUAGUUCGCUCUCGUGCAGAACUUUCGCACGACUUGGUAGCAGUUGCUCCAUUUACGGAAUCACGCGCAUGGCCUCUGGCCUGUCAAUGCUUGAUUGCGCAUCAGUCGGGAGCUCCUUCUCCGUGUCGCGGUUUGCACGCGUUGGUAGCUCCUUGUCGGUGUUCGGUAUCGCCAGACUCGGAUCCGCAUUGUCCGUAUUGGACUUCGUGUCGCUCUCGUCCGGCGUGUCCAUUCGUGGCGUCGUGCGAUUGGGUUCCACGCUGUCGCUCUACGGCUUAGGACGAUUCGGAAGCGGCAUGUCCAUCCUGGACUUCGCGACCUUCGGUAGCAGCUUCUCCCUGCGAUCCUUGGCUCGUAUGGGAAGCGCAAUGUCGCUCUACGGCGCAGCAAGACUGGGAGGCUCGAUGUCCGUGCUCGACUUCGUGCAUCUAGGAAGUGGAAUGUCCUUGCGAUCCUUCUUCCGGUUGGGCAGCAGUAUGUCGCUUUUCGGCAUCGCGCGAUUUGGAAGUGCGAUUUCCGUUAUCGAUUUCGUGAACUUCGGAUCCGCGUUUAGUAUUCGUAGUUACACCCGCAUUGGAUCCUCCCUGUCCACCUACUACUUGGCACGCAUUGGUAAGGAGCUUUCGGUCCUGGACAGCUCGCAUUUGGGGAGUUCGCUGUCCUUGCGAUGCUACGCGCGAGUGGGAAGCGCACUAUCCGUAUUUGGUCAGGGACGCUGCGGAUCGGCCAUGUCGCUUUUGGACAUGAUGUCGUUGGGCAGCGCAAUGAGCUGUCGCGGAUUCGUCAGGCUCGGGUCGGCACUCUCUAUCUUCGGUGUCGCGCGCUUGGGCUCUAGCUUGUCCUUGCUGGACUUCAUCAGCAUCGGAUCUGCUUUGAGUAUCCGCAUGUUGGGGCGUAUGGGCAGCAGUCUUUCGAUUUACGGAUUCUGCAAGUGCGGUAGUAGCGUGUCAGUCCUGGACUACAUCUCCUUCGGCAGCUCAUUGUCUGUGAGAAACUGCGCAAGACUAGGAAGCUCAUUGUCAGUCUACGGAUCCAGCCGACUGGGAUCAGCGUUGUCAGUCCUCGACUACGUGAUCCUUUCUAGUGCCUUUUCGUGCCGCAGCUUCUUGCGACUAGGUUCUAGUCUCUCGACCUUCGGCGUUCACCGUCUAGGAUCAAGUCUGAGCACUCUGGACUAUAUCGCAUUCGGAAGUUCGCUGUCCCUCCGAUCCUUUGGCCGUCUCGGUUCGAGUCUGUCCGUCUACGGUCUUAGCCGACUUGGCAGCAGCUUUUCGCUUACCGACUACGCACACAUGGGCAGCAGCUUCAGUCUGCGAUCGUUCGCACGACUUGGAUCCACAUGCUCCCUGUACAGUUUCGGCAUGUUGGGUUCCAGUCUGUCGCUGCUCGACUACGCGUCCUUCGGCAGUGCCAUUUCGAUCAGGAACUUCUCUCGUGCAGGCUCCUGUAUGUCGCUCUACGGCAUCGGGCUUCUGGGAAGCGCCAUGUCCGUCCUGGACUACGUGAGCAUCGGAAGUAGUAUCUCUUUCCGUUCCUUCGCACGUAUGGGAAGCGCAUUUAGCGUUUACGGAAUCACCCGGUGCGGCAGCAGCGUCUCCGUUCUAGACUACAUCGAACUCGGCUCGUCUCUGUCGAUUCGUUCCUACACGCGAGUUGGUUCCACGAUCUCCGUGUUUGGUGUGAUGAGACUUGGUAGCGCCUUUUCCAUCUUGGAUUGGUGCAUGUUCGGUAGUAGUUUGAGUCUCAAGUCCUUCAGUCGAUUCGGAUCCAAGCUAUCCGUGUACGGCGUGUCGCGAUUGGGAUCUUCGAUCUCCAUUCUCGCGUUUUACACUUUGGGCAGCAGCAUGAGUGUCCGGUCUUUCUGCCGAUACGGGUCCGCUUUGUCGGUCUACGGAAUGUCGCGGUUAGGAUCUGCGCUUUCCGUCCUCGACUUCGCGCACAUGGGUAGCACUGUUUCCCUGACCUCCUUUGCGCGUCUCGGAUCGGGUAUGUCGAUCUACGGUUUGGCCAGGUUUGGAUCGUCGCUGUCCGUAUUGGAUUACACCAGCAUUGGUAGCGCACUCUCCAUGCGAACGUUCACGCGAUUCGGUAGCAGCUUUUCGCUCUACGGAAUGGGACAGCUAGGUUCUUGUCUAUCGACAUUGGAUUUCGUGCACUUAGGUUCGUGCGCAUCCGUCCGUGCUCUAUCCAGACUAGGCAGAAAUUUAUCCGUCUACGGAUUAACGCUUCUUGGUUCCUCGAUUUCCGUUUUAAAUUACGUGGCAAUGGGCAGCGGCUUGUCCGUGCGUUCGUUUCUACGAGCAGGAAGCGCCACCUCGAUCUAUGGUAUUGCGCGUCUCGGUUCCGCAGUUUCGUGUCUUGACUACGUCAGCUUCGGUUCCGCCAUUUCCGUCAAGUCGUUCUGCCGCUUCGGUAGUGGAUUGAGUGUGUACGGAACUGCGAGAAUGGGAUCCGCUUUUUCGAUCUUGGAUUUCCUCCAUCUCGGCUCCUCACUCUCAAUGCGGAGUUACACGAGGUUAGGAUCCAGUUUCUCGGUCUACGGAUACGUCAAACUAGGCAGUUCCUGCUCAGUCUUGGACUACGUCUUCGCGGGCAGCAGUCUUUCUUUGCGAAGUUACGUGUACUUCGGCAGCAGUCUGUCAGCCUACGGUGCCCUGAACAUGUGCUCAAGUCUGUCGAUCCGUAGUUUCGUCCGCUGCGGUUCCAGCUGCUCCGUCUACGGUAUCGCACGACUCGGAUCUAGCGUCUCCAUCUUGGACUACGUCUCACUAGGAAGUUCGCUUUCGAUGAGGAGUUACACGCGCUUGUCGAGUUCCAUUUCGGUGUACGGAACAACCAGAUUAGGGUCUGCGUUGUCUGUUCUCGAUUACGUCCACUUCGGUUCCGAUCUGUCGUUGCGUUCCUUCCUGCGGCUCGGCAGCACGAUUUCCGCAAUGGGCUUGUGCCGCCUGGGUUCAGUUUUGUCCCUCGUGGACUUCGUGAACUUCGGUUCCAGUUUGUCGUGCCGAUCCAUGUGCCGAUUGGGUAGUUCGCUGUCCGUGUACGGAAUGGCGCGCUUGGGGUCCAACGUGAGUAUCCUGGACUACGUAAACUUCGGUAGUGCCAUGUCGCUGCGUGGCUUCUACCGAAUGGGCAGUGCGCUCUCCGUCUACGGACUAUCCCGUAUCAGCUCAGCAAUGUCUGUUCUAGACUUUGUCAGCAUCGGAAGUUCGCUCUCGACCCGCAGCUUUACGCGAGUGGGCAGCGCGAUGUCCACCUACGGCCUGAUGACAUUGGGGAGUUCCGUGUCCGUGUUGGACUACUUCUCCUUGGGAAGCAGCAUCUCUAUUCGGAGCUAUUGCAGGUGCGGCUCGUCGUUGUCCGUUUACGGUACGAUACAGAUCGGCAGUGCUCUGUCUAUUUUGGACACAGCGUGCGUCGGGAGCUCGCUGAGUAUCCGCAACUUCAUUCGGCUGGGAAGCUCUCUGUCCGUCUACGGCGUGACGCGUCUAGGAAGCAGUUGCUCCGUGUUGGACUUCGUGUCAAUCGGCUCGACCAUUUCGGUGCGCAGUUUCGCACGACUCGGAUCCAGUCUUUCCGUCUACCAGAUGCUGCAACUAGGAAGCGGCAUUUCAAUGCUGGACUUCGUCUCUCUCGGCAGCACGUUGUCGAUUCGUUCGUUUACACGAUUAGGCUCUGCCACCUCCGUUUUCGGCAUCUCCAAGAUGGGCAGUUCUCUAUCGGUGUUGGACUUCAUUACACUGGGCAGUUCGCUCAGCAUGCGGUCGAUGGCGCGGCUCGGAUCGGCGCUGUCCGUCUACGGAGUGAGCUACUUGGGAAGCACAAUGUCCUUGCUGGACUUCGUAAGCUUCGGAUCCGCGAUUUCAGUGCGCUCUUUCGCGCGAAUGGGCAGUUCUAUGUCGAUCUUCGGAAUCGUCCGAAUGGGCUCUCAGGUCUCGAUAUUGGACAUGUGCUCGCUCGGAAGCAGUUUUUCGUUGCGGUCCAUGAUGCGCUUUGGAUCUACUUUGUCCGUGUACGGCAUGACCCGAUUCGGCUCCAUGAUGUCCAUCUUGGACAUGUUCCAUUUGGGCAGCGCGAUGUCAGUGCGAACGAUCAUGCGCUUAGGCAGUUCUACAUCGCUGUUCGGACUUGGACGAUUAGGCAGCACUUUAUCGAUCCUCGACAUUGUCGGCAUUGCUAGUUCGCUGUCCGUGCGAUCGUUCCACCGCAUCGGAUCGAGCCUCUCCGUUUUCGGUGUGGCGAGAUGCGGAUCAUCGCUUUCCGUUUUGGACUACGUGCUUCUCGGAUCGAACUUGUCAGUCCGCUCCUUCUCGCGUAUCGGAUCUAGUAUGUCGAUCUGCGGGUUGGCAAGACUCGGAUCGUCGCUGUCCGUGUUGGACGUCAUCUCCCUUGGGAGCGCGUUUUCGACACGACGCUUCUUUCGUCUCGGCAGCACGAUGAGUGUCUACGGUUUGACCACCUUCGGAUCCUCACUCUCCGUGUUGGACAGCGUGCAACUCGGCAGCGGCUUGUCCGUACGAACGUUCCUGCGUGUGGGCAGCGCACUGUCGCUGUACGGCCUGUCGCGAUUGGGAAGCAGUUUCUCAGUGUUGGAUGCCAUCUACGCUGGUUCUACACUGUCGCUGCGUUCCGUCAUGCGAUUCGGUUCCUCCGUCUCCGUUUUCGGAUUGACGCGUUUGGGAAGCACAUUGUCGAUUCUCGACACAGUCUCAGUUGGCAGCACCCUUUCUCUGCGCUCUUACGCACGCAUCGGAAGCACAUGCUCCAUCUACGGCAUGUGCUUGCUCGGAAGCAGCGUCUCCAUUGUGGACGCGUUCUUGCUGGGUUCCAGCAUGAGUCUGCGUUCCUUCUCGAAGCUUGGAUCUUCGGUUUCGCUCUACGGCAUCGCCAGCAUGGGUAGCAGCAUCAGUUUGUUGGACUACGUGCACAUUGGUUCUGUUCUCAGUUGCCGAAACGUGAUGAGACUGGGCUCUACGUUGUCCAUCUACGGAAUCACGCGAUUGGCUAGUUCUCUCUCUAUCCUAGACACGGGAUACGUGGGCAGCACGUGCUCUCUGCGUAGCUUCAUGCGGUUGGGCAGUGCCUGUUCUUUGUACGGCAUUGCACGAGUCGGAAGUUCGAUGUCAAUCCUCGAUUUCGCGAUGAUCGGAUCAAGUCUCAGUAUCCGUUCCUUGUCGCGAUUCGGCAGCAGUUACUCCGUCUUCGGUGCGGUCCUCUUGGGAAGUAGCUUUUCCUUGUUGGACUUCGCGCACUUCGGUAGUAGUAUCUCCAUGCGUGGCUGCUCGCGUCUCGGUAGCGCGUGCUCCGUGUACGGAAUGACCCGUAUUGGUUCUCAACUGUCGAUUUUGAACUACGCAAACUUCGGUAGUGCGCUCUCUAUGCGUUCUUUCGUGCGCAUCGGGUCCAGUUACUCAGUCUACGGUCUGGUCCGAUUCGGAUCCAGUCUUUCCGUCUUGGACCGAGUCAGCCUGGGAAGUUCGUUCUCGUUGCGAACGAUGAUGCGAUUGGGCUCUAGUGUGUCCAUUUUCGGUAUCACCAAGUUGGGUUCCAGCGUCUCCAUUUUGGACUACGUGUCCUGCGGUAGCAGUCUGAGCACACGCGGGUUCGGCCGUCUUGGCAGCGCAGCCUCCAUCUACGGCAUGUGCCGCUUGGGCAGUCAGCUGUCUGUGCUCGACUUCAUCAACUUCGGGAGCAGCUGCAGUUUCCGCGGCUUCAUGCGUCUGGGCAGCUCGAUCUCGAUGUACGGUUACGCUUCCCUAGGUUCAGCUUUGUCUGCACUAGAUUUCGUGCACAUGGGCAGCAGCUUGAGUCUCCGAUCCUUCGCGCGACUCGGUAGCUCGCUUUCCGUCUACGGGUGCAGCUACUUGGGAAGCAGCGUUUCCGUGCUCGACAUGCUGCAGAUCGGAAGUUCGCUCUCCGUGCGUUCCUACAUGCGCUUGGGCAGCAGUUACUCCGUCUACGGCAUCGUCCAGAUGGGGAGUUGCAUCUCGCUUCUAGAUGCUUCGUCCUUAGGCAGUUCGCUCUCUCUCCGCAGCUUCUGCCGCAUGGGCAGUUCUUUGUCGCUCUACGGAAUCUGUAAGUUGGGAACGUCUCUGUCCACGGUGGACUACAUCACGACUGGUUCAGCGUUCUCUGUGCGUUCCUUCUGCCGCGUCGGAUCUAGUCUCUCCGCGUACGGAACCAUCCGCUGCGGCAGUCAGUACUCACUGCUGGACUUCGCAUCGCUGGGCAGCUCACUGUCGCUGUGCAGCUUUGCACGCUUCGGUUCGAGCUACAGCGUUUACGGAACAGUCCGUCUCGGCAGCCAAUUUUCCCUCCUAGACAGCGCGUUCUUGGGCUCUAGCUUCUCGACGCGUAGCUACGCACGAUUUGGCAGCAAGAUCUCGGUCUACGGAUGUCACAGACUCGGAUCGUCCUUGUCCGUCUUGGAUUUCGUGCAAGUGGGAUCGAACUUGUCGUUCCGUAGUUUCUGCCGUAUGGGCAGCAACGCGUCCUUCUUCGGAAUGGCCUUGUUAGGAAGCAUGGUCUCUGUCCUCGACUACGGUUUCUUCACCUCGUCGCUCUCCGUGCGUAUGUACUCGCGUAUCGGAAACGGCUUGUCCGUGUACGGCUUAGCCAGGCUAGGUUCCGCUUUGUCCGUGCUGGAUUACAUCAUGCUGGGCAGUGGGUGUUCGAUCCGCAGCUUCACGCGUAUCGGGAGCAGCAUCUCCGUUUUUGGCGCGACGAAGUUGGGCAGCAAUUUAUCGGCGCUGGACUUCUUCAUCCUGGGUUCGAGCAUGUCGCUGCGUAACUUCUACAGAUCCGGCAGUGGCUGUUCCGUCUACGGAUUCUGCAAGUUGGGAUCAUCGAAUUCCAUUUUGGACUUCAUCAACGUCGGUAGCUGCUUGAGUUUGCGGAUGUUCUCCAGGCUAGGUAGCAGCUUCUCGCUGUACGGCAUCACGAAGAUGGGAUCCUCGCUUUCUGUACUCGACAGCUGCGCCAUCGGCUCUUGCUUGUCCGUACGAACGUUCACGCGUCUUGGCAGCAGCUUGUCGCUGUUCGGCAUGUCCAGACUAGGCUCCGUGCUGUCGGUUUUGGACACCGUGAUGGUCGGCAGUUCCUUGAGCGUCCGCAGCUUCGUGCGGCUGGGCAGCUCGCUGUCGGUCUUCGGUGCCACACGAUUGGGCAGCAUGAUGUCAGUGCUCGACUUCAUCAACUUCGGCAGCACGACGUCUUUGCGAAACUUCAUCCGACUGGGCAGCUCUUGCUCUGUCUUCGGGGUCACACACCUCGCGAGCGGCAUGUCCGUGUUGGAUUACCUAGCACUAGGAUCCGCGAUCUCUGUGAGAAACUACGCUCGUGUUGGCUCUACGUGCUCCGUGUACGGCAUGGUGCGCUUCGGCAGCUCAAUGUCUCUUCUGGACAUGUUGCAGAUCGGCUCUGCAUUGAGUCUUCGUAAUUGGUGCCGAUUGGGCAGCUCUUGCAGCGUCUACGGCAUUUGUCGCACAGGUUCCUGCAUCAGUCUGCUGGACUUCGCGCACUUCGGAAGCUCGAUUUCUCUCCGUAGCUACGGCCGACUCGGAAGCGCGCUCUCCGUCUACGGCAUGUCUCGAUGCGGGAGCAGCUUUUCUCUGCUAGACUUCGCGCACUUCGGCAGUGGCAUGUCGCUUAGAAACUUCCUGCGCCUCGGAAGCUCGCUGUCAGUCUACGGAGUGACAAGAGUGGGAUCCAACUUCUCGAUCUUGGACUUCCUCACGCUUGGUAGCGGAAUUUCUCUGCGAAACUUCCUCAGACUCGGAAGUUCGAUUUCGAUUUUCGGACUCACGCGAAUGGGCUCCAGUCUUUCGACCCUAGACCUCGUGAACCUGGGAUCGAGUAUGUCCUUGCGUAGCUUUUCGCGCCUCGGAUCGUCCCUGAGUGUCUUCGGCAUGUGCCGCUUGGGCAGUUGCUUCUCAAUCUUAGAUACUACGCAGAUCGGCAGUUCAAUUUCAGUGCGCAACUUCGCUCGAUUGGGCUCCAGCUUGUCGGUCUUCGGCAUGGCAAGGCUAGGAUCCUCUCUGUCCUUGAUCGACACAGUAGCGAUUGGCAGCUCUUUGUCUGCCAGGUCGUUUGCGCGCUAUGGAAGCUCCAUGAGCGUGUACGGCAUGGUCCGUCUCGGCAGCUGCUUUUCAGUUCUAGAUGCAACGCAACUGGCGAGUUCGAUGUCAUUGCGCUCGUGGGCGCGAUUGGGCAGUUCUUUGAGCGUCUUCGGCAUCGCACGUCUGGGCAGUCAACUCAGUGUCUUGGACUGCGUCGAAGUUGGAUCGAACUUGAGUAUCCGUAAUUUUGCGAGACUCGGCAGCUCCUUGAGUAUCUUUGGCAUGACGCGAAUUGGCAGUUGUAUGUCGCUUUUGGACAUGCUCACUUUGGGCAGCUCAUUUUCCGUGCGUAACUUGGCUAGACUCGGUAGCAGUUGCAGUGUCUACGGCAUCGUGCGCUUCGCCAGUUGCUGCUCGAUCCUUGAUGCGGUCCAACUAGGUUCGACGCUGUCGAUGCGCAACUGGUGCAGACUAGGAUCGUCGCUGUCGGUCUACGGCAUGUGUCGAAUGGGCUCCCAAAUGUCGCUCUUGGACAUGCUGACCUUAGGCAGCAGCGUGUCUCUGCGCAAAAUGUGCCGUCUCGGCAGCUCCCUGUCCGUCUACGGUAUGUUCCGAUGCGCCAGCAACAUCAGUUUGCUGGACUUCAUGCACAUUGGCAGCAGUUUGAGUGUGCGGUCGUACAUGCGGUUGGGCUCUUCCGUCAGUGUCUUCGGCAUCACACAUCUGGCGAGCAACGUAUCCUUGCUCGACUGCCUGCAGCUCGGCAGCUGUCUCUCCGUUCGCACGUUCACGCGCCUCGGAAGCUCCGUCUCCGUCUACGGCAUCGGAAACUACGGUAGCGCGAUGUCGGUCUUGGACUUCGUGCACCUCGGCUCGGCUCUGAGUGUGCGCAGCUCCUGCCGUCUGGGCAGCACACUGUCGGUGUACGGAACCACACGAUUGGGCAGCAGCUGCUCUCUUCUGGACUUGCUGCACGUGGGAUCCUGCAUCUCUCUUCGCAGUUGGGCCAGAGUUGGAAGCUCGAUGAGCGUCUACGGCAUGACGCGCAUCGGCAGUGGCGUCACUUGUUUGGACUUUGCGCACCUCGGAAGUUCGCUGUCCGUCCGAAGUUGGGCACGACUGGGCUCCAGCAUGAGCGUGUUCGGACUGGCCCGCAUCGGCUCUUGCAUAUCCGUGUUGGACACCACGCAGCUCGGCUCGUCCUUCAGCGUGCGUUCGUAUGCGCGACUGGGAUCAAGCUUGAGCGUGUUUGGCGUCGCCCGGUUGGGUUCGUACAUGUCGGUGUUGGACUCAGUCCAGCUGGGUUCUACGCUGAGUGUGCGCUCCUUCUCGCGCUUGGGUAGCUCAUUGUCCGUCUUCGGCAUCGUGCACUUCGGCAGCAACUUGUCGGUGCUCGACUACCUGCAGUUGGGCAGCAGCUUCUCCGUGCGCAGCUACGCCAGACUGGGCAGCUCAUUGAGCGUGUUCGGCAUGACGCGUUUGGGCAGCCAGAUCAGUCUCUUAGACACCUUGCAACUCGGUUCUAGCAUCAGCAUGCGCUACUUCUUGCGCCUCGGCUCUUCCCUCAGUGUCUUCGGCAUGACGCGCUUGGGCAGCAAUCUAUCUGUCCUUGACCAACUGCAGCUGGGAAGCUCGCUCUCUUGCCGCUACUUCACGCGUCUUGGAUCCUCUUUGAGCGUGUUUGGCACCGUGCAGAUGGGCUCAAACUUGAGCGUCCUGGAUUACUUCCAACUCGGCUCUAGUUUUUCGAUCCGCAACUGCAUGCGCAUUGGCAGCUCACUCUCUCUUUACGGUAUUGCGCAGUUCGGCAGCUCUUUGAGCUUGCUCGACACCAUCCAUCUCGGAAGCUGCUUGUCCCUCCGCAGCUUCAUCCGUUUGGGCAGCAACCUCACAGUUUGCAGCCGAGUGAACUUCGGAAGCAGCAUGAGUGUUUUGGAGUACUUGAAGCUCGGAAGCUCGCUCUCACUCCGCAACUACUUGCGUAUUGGGAGCUCGUUAUCCGUGAUUGAGCAAGUGCGCAUGGGCCAUCAGCUCUCAGUCUUGGACAACCUGCAACUCGGAAGCGUCUUUUCGCUCCGCAACUUCUGCAGAGUUGGAUCGACGCUGUCCGUCUUCGGAACCUUCCGCUUGGGAACGAGUCUUUCCGUUUUGGACAGCGUCGCUUUCGGCAGUUCGCUUUCGGUGCGGUCCUUCGCCAGAUUCGGGUCCACAGCCAGCGUUUAUGGAUGCACACUGCUAGGGUCCAAUCUGUCGGUCCUCGACAUCAUCAAUAUCGGAUCGAGUCUGUCCUUGAGGAGCUACUUCAGGAUGGGAAGCGCAAUCAGCGUCAUCUCCAAGCAGACUCUAGGUAGCACCUUGAGUGUCCUAGAUUGGUUGCAGCUCGGCAGCGCUAUGAGCGUCCGCACCCACAUGCGGUUCGGCAGCAGCUGCAGCGUCUACGGCAUGAUGCGUUUUGGCUCUGCUGUCUCGCUGUUGGACAUCAUGAACUUGGGCUCGACACUGUCUUUGCGUGCGAUGUUGCGUCUGGGCAGCACGGUCAGCGUCUAUGACCAGUGCCGCUUCGGAUCCUCCGUCAGCGUCCUCGACUUCGUGAUGUGCGGCACGUCUCUCUCGCUGCGUCAGUUCCUGCGAGUCGGCAGCAACUUGAGCGUCAUCGGCCGUGUCCGUUUAGCCAGCACGGUUUCCGUGUUCGACUACCUGAACCUCGGAAGCUGCCUGUCUACUCGCAACUUCGCUCGCUUGGGCUCCGGCUUGAGCGUCUUUGGAGUGCAGAGACUGGGAUCGGCUUUGAGUGUACUGGACUACGUGAACUUCGGAAGCAGCAUCAGCAUGCGCCACAUGUUCCGCAUCGGCAGCUCUCUGUCCGUGUUCGAGUGGAUGCGUGCAGGAAGCUCUCUGUCCGUUCUUGACAGCGUCCAUCUUGGUUCCGCUUUCUCAUUGCGCUCAUAUUUGCGUCUUGGAUCUAACUUGAGUGUGAUGAGCUACGUUCGCUUGGGCACGAGCGCUAGUGUUCUGGACAGGCUGCACUUGGGCAGCACUUUGAGCUUGCGCUCGUACAUGCGAUUUGGAUCCAGCCUUUCGGUGUUCGAUCGCGUUCGCAUGGGCUCUUGCCUCUCCGUUCUGGACUACCUGCAGCAGGGAAGCUCCUUGUCGGUUAGGCAGUUCCUGCGGUCCGGAAGCUGCUUGUCCAUCUUCGGUCGCACGAUGUGCGGAAGCAGCAUUUCCGUGCUUGACUUCGCGGCCCUCGGUAGUUCGUCAUCGCUGCGCCACUACCUGAGAUUAGGUUCCACCCUAAGUGUCUUCUCAUGGACUCGUUGCGGCAGCGUAGUUUCAGUGCUCGAUUGCCUGCACCUGGGCAGUUGCUUGAGUCUGCGGCACGUGAGCCGAUUCGGAUCGAACAUCUCCGUGUUCUCCAAGACCACUUUGGGAAGCACGCUGUCGAUCCUCGACUACCUGCAGCUCGCAAGCUCUCUGUCGAUUAGGAACUACUUCCGAUUGGGCAGCGCUUUCAGCGUCUUCCAGCCAACGAGGUGCGGAAGCACGGUGAGCAUCAUCGACUUCGUGCAGCUAGGAAGCAGCGUCAGUCUGCGCCACUACAUGCGCUUUGGCAGUGCUAUCUCAGUCCUCAGUAAGGCUACUCUGGGCAGCACCUUGUCCGUCCUGGACUACGUGAACAUUGGCAGCAGCAUUUCUCUCCGAAACUACUCGAGACUCGGAAGUGCCAUCUCGCUUUUCACGACCGUAGGUUUGGGCAGCUGUUUGUCUGUCCUGGACACGCUGCAGCUGGGCUCCUGUUUGUCACUGCGAUCGAUGAUCCGUCUAGGCUCGUCCUUCAGCGUCUACGGAAUUUCGCGUUGCGGAUCGCAGAUCAGCGUCCUCGACUUCGUCACCUUCGGAAGUUCGCUUUCUUUGAGACGAUUCUCCAAGAUGGGCAGCAACGUCAGUGUCAUGUCCUAUCUACGAACGGGAUCCAGCACUAGCCUGCUCGACUUCGCCAUGUUCGGUUCCAGCAUCAGUCUGCGCAGCUUCAUCAGACUCGGCAGUAUUGCAAGUGUGAUGAACUGGGUGCGAUUUGGAUCCAACCUUUCGGUGCUCGAGUUCUCGACGCUCGGCAGCAGUAUGAGCCUCCGCAAGUACAUGCGACUAGGCUCUGUGCUGUCUGUGUACCGACCGGUCAAGCUGGGCAGCUGCUUAUCGGUGCUGGACAUCGCAACCUUGGGCUCUUCUUGUAGUACGCGGUCGUUUGCUCGUCUGGGAUCGACUUUGUCGGUCUACGGCGUCACGCGCUUCGGCAGCAUGCUUAGUGUGCUGGACAGCGUCACCUUAGGCUCUUCGCUGUCUCUGCGUCACUACGCACGUUUGGGAAGCUGUCUCAGUGUGUACUCAUACACCAGAUGCGGCAGCAACAUCAGUCUCCUGGACCAAGUCCAGAUCGGAAGUGCUUUGAGUCUCCGUUCCUACUGCCGCUUUGGUAGUAGCUUGAGCGUCUACGGCAUGGUCAGGUUUGGAAGUUCGAUGAGUGUAUUGGACUACCUGACCUUGGGAAGCUCCGUCAGUCUGCGCCACGUCAGCCGUUGUGGCAGCGCCAUUUCAGUGAUGUCGAUGGUCCGCUUCGGCUCGCUCUUGUCGUGCUUGGAUCAGACCAUGCUCGGAAGCUCACUCAGCUUGCGUAGCUACAUUAGACUCGGAAGCUCACUGUCUGUUUUGGAGACCGUACGACUCGGAUCUUCGUUGACCGUCCUCGAUAUGGUAAACCUAGGUUCUUCGCUCUCGCUUCGUGCCGUCUCGCGUAUGGGAUCCCGACUUUCGGUCUUUGGACGAACGAAUCUUGGACGUGAGACCAGCGUUUUGGAUCAUCUCCAACUCGGUUCUAUGCUCUCCGUGCGAUCCUACUGCCGCCUUGGUAGCAGUUACUCCGUGUACGGAAUGGUGCGACUGGGAAGCAUGAUCUCCAUGUUGGACAACGUGCAUGUGGGCAGCAGCCUGUCUCUUCGACAUUUCGCGCGUGUAGGCAGCGCCAUUUCCAUCUUCUCCAAAGUACAGUUCGGUAGCAACAUGAGCGUCUUGGACUUUGCGAACUUUGGCAGCUCUAUGAGCCUGCGCCACUUUUUGCGUCUAGGAUCGGUUUUGUCCGUGUUCCGGCCCAUGAAGUGCGGAUCUUGUAUGAGCGUUUUGGACAUGUUCCAGAUGGGCAGCUCUCUGUCGGCACGUAGCUUUGCGCGCCUGGGAAGCAGCCUUAGCGUGUUUGGCAUGUCGCGUCUGGGAUCUUGCAUGAGUGUUCUCGAUGCGAUCUAUCUAGGAUCCAGCCUGAGCACUCGUUGCUUCACGCGUGUGGGCUCCAGUCUGUCGGUCUUUGGCAUGGCGCGAAUGGGCAGUUCAUUGAGCAUGCUCGACUUCGUGCUCGUCGGAAGCUCGAUGUCCACGCGCUCCUUCGCACGUCUCGGCAGCGCUGCCAGCGUCUAUGGCAUGAUGCGCUUGGGGAGCUGCCUCUCGAUUCUUGACACCACAAGCAUUGGAAGCAGCGUCAGCAUUCGAACCUUCGCUCGUCUGGGCAGCAGCCUCAGCGUAUUCGGCAUGACGCGCUUCGGAAGCAACUUGUCCGUCCUAGACUGCUUCCACCUGGGCAGUGCCAUCUCGGUGCGCAACGUGGUCAGAUUCGGCAGCACGCUGUCGGUAUACGGUUUCACAAGACUUGGCUCUACCCUGUCUGUCCUAGACUCGCUCUGCAUGUCCAGCACUCUAUCGUGCCGCACCUUCGCGCGAUUGGGCAGCACAAUCUCUGUCUACGGAACUACUCGUCUCGGAAGUUGCUUCAGUCUCCUCGACGCAUUCCAUUUGGGCAGUGCAAUGAGCGUCCGCAGCUUCUGCCGACUCGGCAGUUCCUUAUCCGUAUUCGGAAUUGUGCAGUUGGCAUCCAGCCUUUCGGUCCUGGACUUCCUGCAUUUGGGAAGCGCGUUGAGCUUGCGCAACGUCGCUCGCUUGGGCAGCAGCUUGAGCGUCUUCGGCAUUGUGCGACUCGGAUCCCAGCUGUCGAUCCUCGACGCGGUCUUCCUGGGCAGCGCUUUCAGCUUGCGUGGCUUCGCCCGAUUCGGCAGCAGCGUUUCCGUGUACGGCACCUCGCGUCUUGGAAGCUGCUUGUCCGUCUUGGACUUCAUCACGUUUGGUAGCAGCAUGUCUCUACGAAGCUUUUCGCGCUUAGGAUCCAGCGUCUCCGUCUUCGGCGUGUCCCAACUGGGCAGUCAGUUGAGCGUCUUGGACUUCCUGAGCUUAGGGUCCUCCUGCUCGUUGCGUUCCUUCUCGCGCCUUGGCAGCUCGAUCUCUGUGUUCGGAUUUUGCCGCGUCGGAAGCACGUUGUCUGUCUUGGACGCGUGCCACGUCGGAAGCGCCUUGUCUCUGCGACACUACCUGCGCGUGGGCAGCUCGCUCUCCAUGUGCGGCAACAUCGCACGCUUCUCGGCCCGUGCCAGCAUCAUGGACUUCACGUGCCUGGCAUCGAGUAUGAGUCUCCGCAACUACCUGCGCUUAGGAAGCAGCCUUUCCGCAGUCUGCGCAACACGAUUUGGAAGCUGCAUGUCUGUUUUGGACUACUUGUGCUUGGGAUCCAGUGUUAGCUUGCGUCAGUACUGCCGACUCGGCAGUUCGCUCAGCGUCGUGAAGGAGGCACGCUUCGGCGAUAACCUGUCGGUUCUGUCCUUCGUCCACCUGGGCAGCUCGAUUUCGUGCCGCAACUUCUUCCGCAUGGGCUCCGCGAUGUCGGUCUUCGGCCAAUCUAGGGCCGGGAGCAACCUCUCAAUCCUAGACCGCGUAGAACUAGGCUCUACACUCUCCUUGCGUAACUACUUGCGCGUCGGAUCUACGAUGAGCGUGGUGCAAGCAGUGCGUUUCGGCGCAGCGAUGUCGCUCUUGGACUACCUGAACCUGGGUUCUUCCGUCUCCAUGCGGCAGUACUUACGCUUGUCGAGCGCCGUGAGCGUGAUGUGCGAAACGAAACUCGGACACUUCAUGUCUGUGCUCAACUACGCGCACUUCGGCAGCUCGGUCUCACUGCGUUCGUACUUGCGACUUGGCAGCACGCUGAGUUCCUACGGUGAUGUGCGUCUCUCAGAGUCCUGCAGCGUCAUCGGACACUGCCACAUCGGCAGCUCGCUCUCGGUGCGUUCCUACGUGCGCUUGGGGAGCGGCUUGAGCGUCUUCGGCAACUGCCGUGCGGGCAGCUCGGUUUCGGUGCUCUCGUUCCUGAACUUGGGCUCCAGUUUGAGCGUCCGUCAAUACUCCCGGUUGGGCUCCGCCACCAGUGUCUUUGGCCAGAUCCGCUUGGGCAGCAACAUGUCCGUGCUGAAGUUCUCGCAGUACGGUUCGUCUCUGUCCUUGCGACAGUACGCAAGAUUUGGAUCCGCGAUCUCGAUCUACAGCCAGUGCCAAUUCGGCUCAUGCCUGUCCACCUGUGACGCAAACUCGUUUGGCAGCGUCUGCUCGUUGCGCAGCUUUUCCCGCAUGGGAUCGACGCUGAGUAUCAUGGCCGCAACACGUUUUGGACUGUGCGCUUCGAUCCUGGAUGUUCUGGAGCUUGGCAGCAGCUUGUCGUUGCGAAACUUCAUCCGUCUCGGAAGCACCAUGAGCGUGAUGAGCCAGAUGCGAUUGGGCAGCGCUUUGAGCGUCCUGGACGCGGUGUAUCUGGGCAGCUCGGUGAGUCUGCGAUCCAUGUUCCGCAUGGGCAGCACUGUGAGUUGCUACGGCUUGAUGAGCAUGGGCAGCACCAUGUCGUUACUUGACUGCGCUAGCGUCGGCAGCAGUCUGAGUGUUCGCAGCUUCCAGCGUCUGGGCUCGACCUUGUCGGUGUACGGACGUGUAGAUGCACGUGACGAGAUCUACCUGGGCAACGUGCGUGUCGGUUCCGGCUUGUCUGUGCGCAGCUUCCUGCGUAUGGGCAGCGCUGUGAGUAUCUACGGCAUGACGCGCAUGGGCAGCGUCUUGUCUCUCCUCGAUUGCGCUUUGCUCGGUUCGUGCCUGAGUCUCCGCAGCUUCGCUCGUGGUGGCAGCAGCGUUUCGAUCUUCAGCUCAGUGCGAUUGGGCAGCAGCUUCUCUGUGUUGCAACACAUGUUCACCGGAAGCACUUUGUCGAUUCGUGCUUGCGCUCGAUUCGGUUCCGCACUCAGCGUGUUGACCCGAGUCACACUCGGCAGCUUGGUGUCUGUGCUCGACUGCCUGACACUCGGUUCCACGGUGUCGACGCGCAGCUUCGCUCGCCUCGGCAGCACUUUGAGCGUCUACGGCUUGUCGCGUCUCGGUUCUGCUGCCAGUGUCCUGGACUAUGUCAGCGUCGGAUCGAGCAUGAGUCUUCGUGGCUUCGCACGUCUAGGCAGUGCGAUCUCCAUCUUCGGCACCUUCCGUGCGGGUAGCACCCUGUCUGUGCUGAUGCAAGUCAGCAUUGGAAGCUCUAUGAGCGUCCGCAGCUUCGCUCGUCUGGGGUCCUCUCUGUCAGUGUUCGGGCUGGGUCGGUUCGCCAGCAGCAUGAGCGUUCUCGACGCUUUGACCCUGGGCUCCUCCGUGAGUCUUCGUGGCUGCAUGAAGUUGGGGAGUUCCUGCUCCGUCUACAGCUGGAUGCGAUCGCAGAACACAGUUUCCAUCCUAGACUUCUUCGAACUGGGCUCUACGGUCUCUAUCCGAAGCUGCUUGCGACUCGGUUCUUCCUUGUCGGUCUACGGCAUGGCCAGAAUCGGCUCCGCUUUGAGCGUACUGGAUUACGUCAAUUUUGGAAGCAUGUUCUCUCUUCGUAGCUACGCUCGCUUCGGCAGCACCAUGAGCGUGUUCGGCUUCUCGGCUCUAGGAAGCGCAGUGUCUGUCCUGGACAUGCUGCAUAUGGGAAGUGCCUUAUCGGUCCGCAGCUUCUUCCGAUUUGGCAGUACCAUGUCGACCUAUGGCAUUUGCCGAUUCGGAUCCACACUCUCAGUUCUCGACAUGCUGAACUUGGGAUCGUCGACUUCCGUGCGUUCUCUGUGCCGCUUCGGCUCUGUGAUUUCGAUGUACGGCGUGAUGCGACUCGGAAGUGCCGCGUCCUUCCUGGACUUCGCGAACGUUGGAAGCACACUGUCGUUGCGACACUACAUCCGCUUCGGCAGCACGGUGUCGAUCCUGUCCACGUCGAGAUUGGGUUCGCUAAUCUCCGUGCUGGACAGCGCAUCGCUCGGCAGUAGCUUGUCGGUGCGCAGCUUCAUGCGCUUAGGCAGCACAACCAGUGUGUUCGGCAUCUCGCGUCUCGGUAGCUCCAUGUCUGUUCUUGACGUGCUCCAGCUCGGCAGCGCAAUCAGCGUGCGCUCAUUCAGUCGGCUCGGCAGUUCCUUGAGCAUCUUCGGUGUGGCUCAGAUGGGAUCGGCCAUGAGCAUCUUGGACUUUAUCCAACUGGGCAGCGCUAUUUCGAUGCGCAGCUUCACGCGGUUGGGCAGCACCUUCUCCGUCUACGGCUUCACGCGUCUCGGAAGCGUUUUCAGCAUUCUCGAUACGCUUUCCAUGGGAAGUUCGAUGAGUCUGCGCGGCUUCUCGCGAAUGGGCAGCAGCAUGUCGCUCUUCGGCGUCGCUCGCUUCGGAUCGGCUCUCUCCAUCGUGGACUUCGUCACAUUCGGAAGCUCUCUGUCCCUCCGUUCCUUCGCACGCGCUGGUAGCUCGCUUAGCGUCUACGGCGUGGCGACCUUCGGAAGCACCCUGAGCGUCCUCGAUGUGAUCAACUUCGGCAGUUCCUUCUCCUUGAGGAACUACGCCAGGAUUGGUUCCGGUGUCAGCGUCUUUAGCAAGGUCCGUCUAGGAUCUACUCUGUCGCUCUUGCAGAUGGCUUCGUUCGGCAGCACGCUGUCUCUGCGCAGCUUCGCACGCCUCGGAAGCAACUUCUCCAUCUACAGCAAGAUGGCCUUGGGAAGUUGCCUGUCCUGCUUGGAUCACAUCGAGAUGGGCAGCGCAGUUUCUCUGCGGUCCUUCGCACGCUUCGGCAGUGCGAUCAGCCUGUUCUCGAAGGCUGCAUUGGGUUCUUGCCUUAGCACUCUCGAUACCACGCAUAUUGGAAGCAGCAUUUCGAUGCGCGCCUUCGCACGAUUCGGCAGCACCUUGAGCAUCUUCUCCAAGGUCAUUCUGGGUUCCAACCUGUCGGUCUUGGAUCGAUUGCAUGUUGGAAGCACGCUGUCUUUGCGCUCCUCAGUGCGAUUUGGAAGCUCGCUCAGCGUGCACAACCGAUGCCGCGUGGGCAAGUUUGGCGCCUCUGUGCUGGACUACAUGCAGCUUGGCAGCACUGUAUCCAUCAGGUCAUUUACCCGCAUGGGAAGCGCGGUCUCGAUGUACGGUAUGUGCCGCUUAGGCUCUAGCUUGAGCGUCCUCGACCUUGCCAUGUGCGGCAGCAUGUGCUCAUUGCGCAGUUACGCUAGACUGGGCAGCUCCAUGUCCAUCCUGUGCCACGUGAACUUCGGUUCGCAGUUGUCUGUCUUGGACUUUGUAGGACUAGGCAGUUCUCUGUCUUUGCGAUCGCAUAUGCGACUGGGCAGCACGUUCUCGAUCUUCAGCCGCACACGCUUGGGAUCCUGUUUGUCCCUGUUGGAGAUGGGCGAGUUCGGUUCCGCCACCAGUCUACGAAGCUUCGUGCGUCUAGGUAGCGCUUUCUCGAUCUACAGCAAGUUCUGGAGUGGGAGCUGCCUCAGCUGCUUGAACUCCGCUUGCCUCGGCAGCACGGUGUCGAUCCGUAGCACUACUAGAUUCGGCAGCCAGAUGUCGAUCUUCUCACGCAAUGCUCUCGGAUCUACCUUGUCCGUGUUGAAUACAGUGUUGUUGGGCAGCACGACGUCUCUGCGUGGCUUGUUGCGUAUGGGAAGCAACUUGAGCAUCUUCGCGACUCAGGUUGCGGGCUCCCAACUGUCUGUGUUGGAUCUGUUCUCUCUGGGUAGCGGAUUGAGUGCGCGUACCUUCGCGCGCUUCGGCAGCAGCGUUUCGAUGUACGGCAUCGUGCGAUUGGGCUCGCAGCUGUCGAUUUUGGACACUCCCUUUGUUGGGUCGGCUUUGUCUUUGCGCCACUACGCUCGCUUCGGCAGCGGGUUCUCCCUGAUGAGCCAGCAGCGAUUGGGCAGCACGUGCAGCAUUCUGGAUCAAAUCCAGGUAGGUAGCACAGUGAGCUUCCGAUCCUUCGCGCGACUUGGAUCCUCUUUGAGUUUGUUUGGUGUGGGCAGGCUUGCCAGCUCCGUCUCGAUCAUCGACUUCGUGAGCUUCGGUUCCAGCGUGUCCGUUCGAACUUUGUCGCGAUUGGGCUCGGCUUUGAGCGUGUUUGGAGUGACGCGUUUCGGCAGCAGCAUGUCUUUGCUCGAUUAUUUCACGCUCGGAAGCUCGUUCUCAGUGCGCAGCUUCGGACGCGCAGGCUCGACUAUGAGCGUGUACGGCGUGACGCGCUUCGGCAGCGCGAUUAGCAUUUUGGACUUCGUGUCCAUCGGCACAUCAUUCAGCGUACGAUCCUUCUGUAGACUGGGAUCCAGCGUGAGUGUCUACGGCGUUGCGCGCUUAGGCAGCGGAAUGUCCGUGUUGGAGUUCGUCCAUCUUGGCUCGGCCUUCAGUACGCGCAACUUCAUCCGCUGCGGAAGUGCACUGUCGGUGUACAGCGUUGCACGGUUUGGAAGCUGCCUCUCGUGCUUGGACUUCGCGACAUGCAGCAGUACAUUGUCCUUGCGUCACUACAUGCGCUGCGCUUCCAGCAUCUCGGUGCUCGGCUGCGCUCGCUUCGGCUCAACGAUGUCUUUGCUCGAUACCUUGCAGAUCUCUUCGUCUAUGUCGUUGCGAAGCUUCAACCGACUUGGUAGCGCACUCUCGCUGUUCGGUAUCUGCAAAUUGGGAUCCGCAUUCUCAGUUUUGGAUACCGUGUCCUUCGGCAGCACAUUCUCACUGCGAAGCUUCCUGCGCUUCGGCAGCUCCUUGAGCGUGUACGGCAUUGCGACGUUUGGUUCUGCGCUUUCGAUACUCGACUUCGUCAACAUCGGAUCUAGCGUUUCUGUACGCCACUUCAUGCGCAUUGGCAGCACUUUGAGUAUCUUCGGCAAGCUGCGAACCGGCGACUACCUCUCCGUGAUGAACGUUGCAGAACUUGGUAGUUCGCUUUCGGUGCGAUCGUUCGCCAGACUCGGCUCUACUUGCAGCGUCUACGGACUGUUGACACUGGGAAGUGCAUUGUCGAUUUUAGACACCAACAGCUUCGGCAGUACGAUCUCGUUGCGUUCCUUCGUGCGCUUCGGUUCCGCCGUCAGUCUGUACGGAAUGGGCCGCUUUGGAUCUAGCCUUUCCGUCCUGGACUACAUCCACGUGGGAAGCAGCUUCAGCAUGCGCUCAUUCGCCUACUUGGGUUCCAGUUUGUCUGUCUUCGGCGUCGCCCGCUUGGGGUCCUCGAUUUCCGUCUUGGACUUCGUGAACUUCAGUUCGGGUCUUUCUCUGCGUGGCUUCGGUCGUGCGGGAUCCUCGAUCUCCGUCUUCGGACUCUUUCGUCAUGGCAGCACGAUGUCGACUUUGGACUUCUUCGCACUUGGCUCUACGGUUUCCGUGCGAGCCUUCUCGCGCAUGGGAAGUUCCUUGUCCGCCUUUGGCCUGUGCCGCAUGGGAUCGGCGAUCUCGGUUCUGGAUGGCAUCUUCCUAGGAUCAGCGAUUAGCGUGCGCAGCGUCAUGCGACUAGGCUCUUCGCUCUCAAUGUUCGGCAUUACGCAAGUCGGAUCUGCGAUGUCUGUGUUGGACUUCGCCUCUAUGGGCAGCACCUUCAGUGUGCGUUCCUUCGUGCGCUGCGGUUCCACGCUGUCGUGCUACGGCCUGGCACGUCUAGGCCUCAGCUUGUCGAUCCUCGACCAAGCCUACGUGGGCAGCAGUCUGUCGGUACGCUCCUUCGCCCGUCUUGGAUCCGCUUUGUCCGUCUACGGAUUCUCGAAAUUGGGAAGCUCUCUGUCGAUCCUCGACUUCGUCAACUUCGCAAGCAGCUUCAGUGUUCGUAGUUUCGAACGUCUUGGUUCCAGCAUGAGUGUCUAUGGCGUCACCUACUUGGGUAGUUCGCUGUCCAUCCUCGACACCAUCAGCAUUGGAAGUACGUUCUCUUUGCGCAUGUUCUCGCGGUUCGGCAGUUCACUGUCCAUGUACGGCAUUGUCAAACUCGGAAGCAGUUCUUCUGUGCUCGAUUACGUCGCGAUCGGCUCCAGCGUCUCUCUCCGUGCCUUUACUCGUAUGGGCAGCAAUAUCUCUAUGUACUCGCGCGUGCGCUCCGGCAGUUGCUUAAGCGUCCUCGACGCCAUCCAGAUGGCCAGCACCAUGUCUGUGCGUGGUAUGUUCCGUCUCGGCAGUUCAUGGUCGUGCUUCGGACAAGUGCGCAUGGGCAGCUGUUUGUCCGUGAACGACUACAUGUGCAUGGGCUCAGCGAUCUCUCUGCGUGCUUUCGCUCGCUUCGGAUCCACCUUGUCCGUCUUCUCGGACUUGAAGUUUGGAGGAAAGAUCUCCGUUCUGGAUUCCGCGAUGUACAGCAGUGGCGUCUCCAUUCGCGCUUUGUGCCGUAUGGGCAGCGUGAUCAGUAUCUUCGGCAACGUGCGCUUCGGGAGCUUUUUGUCAAUUCUCGGAUGCUGCACCAUGGGAAGCUCCAUGUCGUUGCGUGCGACCAACCGACUAGGCGGGCAAACUUCGAUCUUCGAAUUUGCACAGUGCGGUUCGGCUCUGAGUCUGCGUGCCACGUUGCGCAGUGGCAGUGGAGUGUCCGUCUACGGCCGAGUCAAGUUCGGAAGCGGACUGUCGAUCCUGGAUGCGGUUCUGUUCGGUUCCAGCUUGUCGCUCCGUAAGUGCGCGCGCUUCGGCAGCACGCUUUCCGUCGCUAGCGUCACACGAUUCGGCUCGUGCGUUUCGAUCCUUGGUGCAAUCCACAUUGGAUCUACGCUUUCGCUCCGAUCCUUCUUCCGCAGUGGAUCUGCGUUCUCAGUCUACAGCAAAGCAACAUUGGGUUCUUCCUGCUCGGUUCUCGAUGCGCAAUUCCUUGGUUCUGCGGUGUCGUUGAGAACGCAUUGCCGCUUCGGUAGUGCCAUGAGCAUCUUUGGUAAAGUCUUUGUUGCGAGCUCGUUCUCGCUCUUAGACAUGGCCAACUUCGGAUCCGGCCUGUCGAUGCGCAAUUUUGCGCGAUUUGGUUCCGCAUUGUCGAUUUAUUCCAGAGCCAACUUCGGCAGCUGCAUGUCCUUGCUCAACUUCGCGGCCUUCGGUUCGACCAUGUCGUUGCGUGGGGUUGUCCGAAUGGGAUCCGCCCUUUCCUGCUUCGACACCACGCGCUUUGGCUCGAACUUGUCGAUCCUGGAUUGCGCUCUACUCGGAAGCUCUUUGUCCAUCCGUGCGUUCACGCGUGCGGCUGGCAGCGUUUCCGUGUUCGACUUCGUGCAGAUCGGCAGCAGCUUCUCGUUACGCGCUGUGGCUCGCAUUGGAAGUCAGUUCUCGCUGUACUCGAGCUUCCGCGCUGGCAGCUGCAUGUCAUUGUUGAACUUCGCAAUGCUGGGUUCUUCGGUGUCCUUGCGUUGCUCUGGUCGUGGCGGUGGAUGCGUCUCCGUCUUCGACUUCCUGCAGGGUGGCAGCAGUCUCAGUAUUCGCGCAAUGGCUCGCCUCGGAUCCAUGAUGUCCGUCUUCCACCGUGUAAAACUCGGUGAGGCGGCUUGGACCUCCGUGAUGAACAUGGCGAACUUAGGGUCUACACUUUCUGUCCGUGGAGUUGCGCGUAUUGGAUCCGCAUUCUCCAUCUACUCGAGAGUAGCGUUCGGCAGCACUCUGUCUGCUUUGGAUUUCCUGAAUCCGGGUAGCAGCUUCUCUUUGCGCUCGAUGUGCAGAUUGGGUAGCUACUUUUCGAUUUUCAGCAACGCGAACUUCGGAUCGCGAUUGUCCGUGUUAGAUGCCUUCAUGCAUGGUUCAGCCCUCUCUGUGCGUCAGUUCCAGCGCUUCGGUUCCACUGCCAGCGUCUUCUCGCAGAUCCGAUUGGGCAGUUUCUGCAGUGUCUUGAACAUGGUACACUUCGGAUCGGCUGUGUCGCUGCGAUCCUUCUGCAGAUUGGGUUCGGCGGUGUCGGUUCUCGACUGCGCUGCGAUUGGAUCCGCUGUAUCGUUGCGAGCGUUUGUCCGAGUGGGCAGCGCCUACAGCGUCUUCUCGAACGUGCGUUUCGGCAGUGCGUUGUCUGUGAUGCAGGCUUCCGGGCUGGCGUCGUCUCUGUCGUUGCGAACAUACAUCCGCGUCGGCAGCUCGUGCUCCAUCAUGAGCCAGGUGCGGUUCGGCUCCACCCUGUCCUUGAUGGACGCAGCACACCUGGGCAGUUCUCUGUCGCUGCGAAGCUACGUGCGUCAGGGCAGCACUCUGUCCGUCAUGUCCAAGGUGCAGUUGGCCAGCUCUGCAUCUCUGUUGGAUUGGUUCACGCUGGGCAGCGCAUUGUCGCUGCGCUCCAUGGCACGUCUUGGCAGCUCGCUCUCGCUACUCCACACCGUACGGGCUGGCAGCAGCGUAACUGUGCUUUCCUUCACGUGCCUCGGAUCCACGAUUUCCUUGCGCAAGUACAUGCGUCUCGGCAGUUCUUGUUCCGUCUUCUCGAAAGUGAGACUCGGAUCCGCUCUGUCCGUGAUGGAGACUAUGAACAUCGGCAGCAGCCUGUCUGUGCGUACCUACGUGCGGUUCGGUUCUGCAUGCUCGGUUCUCGGAAACCUGAACUGUGCUGGCCGCCUCAGCGUGAUGGAGCAGUUCGACUGCGCCUCUUCCUUCAGUCUCCGUCAGUUCUCGCGCAUGGGAUCAAGACUCUCCGUGAUUGAGUUCACGAACCUCGGCAGUUCUCUUUCUGUGCGCAGCUACAUGCGCUUGGGCAGCGGGUGCUCGGUGAUUUCGACGACGCGAUUCGGGUCAUGCAUCUCCGUGUGCGAUCUGACGUGCUUGUCCUCCACUCUGUCUCUGCGAAGCUACUUGCGGUUCGGCUCGUGCCUCUCCGUGUACUCGCAGUGCCGAUUGGGCAGCACCUUGUCGAUGGUUGAUCAAAUGAACAUGGGGAGCAACUUCUCCCUGCGAGGAACCUUGCGUUUAGGCUCCAACCUUUCCGUGAUUUGCCGUACCAACUUGGCAGAGGCCGUCUCCGUACUGCAAUACGCUCAGUGCGGUAGCACUUUGUCGCUCCGUAGCUUUGUGCGGUUCGGCAGCUCGCUGUCUGUGAUCGACUUGCUGCAGCUCGGCAGUUCUCUCUCCUUGCGUGGCGCACUGCGACUGGGAAGCAGCUUCUCGCUCUACCUGAACUUGAAGUUGGGCUCCGGCAUUUCCGUUCUGGACGCGAUCAAUCUAGGAAGUACGCUGUCCGUUCGUAACUUGGCGCGCUUCGGUAGUGCGAUGAGUAUUUGCGACUUCUCGGUCCUCGGAUCGAGUAUCUCGCUCCGCCAAUACUUGAGACUCGGAUCGACCUUGACCGUGUUUGGGCAGAUGCGAUGCGGAUCUGCAGUCUCAAUCCUGAACUAUAUGCAGUGCUCUAGUGCGAUUUCGGUGCGUGACCGAGUUCGCUUUGGGGCUCAGAUGUCUGUGCUGAAGUACGUCCAGUAUGGAAGCAGUCUGAGCAUGCGCAGCUUCACGAGACUCGGCAGUGGAUUGUCGCUCUUCACGCAGUUCCGAUUGGGCAGCUGCUUCAGCGUCUUGGACAGCUGCCACGUGGGUAGCAACAUCUCUUUGCGGUCCUUCGUACGUCUCGGUUCCGCGAUCUCCGUCUUCUCGCAGACGCAGCUCGGAAGCAACUGCUCCGUCAUGGACCUGUUGAACUUGGGCUCUGCGGUGUCUCUGCGUAACUUCCUGCGUUGCGGAAGCAGUCUAUCCGUGCUCGAUGCGAUGACACUUGGUAGCACGGUCUCUCUGCGUAGCUUCGGUCACUUGGGCAAGCAAUUGUCCGUGCUUGACGCGACCGCAUUUGGAAGCUCCUUGUCCGUACGUAGCUACGUGCGCUUCGGCAGCAACGUCUCCAUGUUCUCACGGGUCGCGUUGGGUUCCAGCAUCUCGAUUUUGAACUUCGUGAACAUGGGCAGUACCUAUUCUCUACGAGGCAGCGUUCGACUCGGCUCCAACAUGUCCAUCUUCAGCCAGCUGACCUUUGGAAGUACCUUCUCCGUGCUCGACUACUUCGAGCUCGGGUCUACGAUUUCAGUUCGAAACAUGGCUCGGUUUGGCAGCAACUACUCCGUCUUCGGAAAUGCAAGAUUUGGAAGUUCUGUUUCAUUACUGAAUUACGCAACAUUCGGUAGUUCGGUCUCGUUGCGUUCCUUCUUCCGCUUGGGUAGCAACGUCUCUGUGUAUUCGCGCACGACUUUGGGCAGCUGCGCUUCGCUGUUGAACUUCGCAGUUCUCGGAAGCUCAUUGUCUACACGCUGUGGCGCCCGCUUCGGCGACACAUUGUCCGUGAUUGACUUCUUCUCGAUGGGCAGCAGCUUCUCUCUGCGAUCGACCGCUCGCUUCGGCAGCAACCUAUCGAUCUACGGUGGUCGCGUCUUGCUCGGAUCUGCAGUCUCCGUCCUGAAGAUGGCGGUCUUCGGAUCCAGCGUGUCUCUGCGUAGCACAGUCCGCUUCGGAAGCGACUUCUCGGUGUUGGAUGCAGCAAUCUUCGGAUCUAGUAUCUCGACUCGCGGCUUCAUCCGAUUCGGAUCCACGAUGUCCGCCUACAACUGUGUGCGACUUGGUAGCACGGUUUCGUCCUUCCAGGUGGCUUGCAUGGGAAGCGCGAUCUCAAUCCGUGCCUACAUGCGAUUUGGAUCGACUGUGAGUACCUUCUCGCAGACACGAGCUGGCAGCACCCUGUCCGUGCUCGAUCAAUUGCACUUGGGCAGCGUUCUGUCCGUGCGCGCGCACAUCAGAGCGGGGAGUUCCUUCUCGAUCUUCUCGAGGACGAUCUUUGGUUCCAGUUUGUCCGUCAUCCACCACAUGGCGAUGGGAAGCACGAUGUCGAUGCGUGGCAUGUCCAAGAUGGGCAGCACGUGCAGUCUCUUCGGCAAUGCUCGAUUUGGCGGUACCAUUUCUGUGGUCGACUCAGUCUACUUUGGUAGCUCUCUCUCUGUCCGCGGUCGCGCCAAGUUUGGAUCCACGCUUUCCAUCUUCGGGCAGAUCAGGUUUGGCAGUGAGCUCUCCGUGGCAGGCGCAUUCUUGAUGGGCUCAUCGCUCUCCGUGCGUGCAUUCGUCAAGUUCGGCAGCAGCGCAAGUAUCUUUGGAAAGACGACUCUGGGAUCGAUGAUGUCCGUCCUAGGGUACGCAAACUUCGGUAGCACGAUCUCCGUCCGCGCGUUCCAACGCGCAGGAUCGACCGCAAGUGUCUUUGGACGUGCCUUGUAUGGAUCUUGUCUCUCAGUCCUCAACUUCGUUUCGGUAGGCAGCUGCAUGUCAGUGCGUACGUUCUCGAAGUUCGGCAGCAACGUGUCCGUGUUUGACUUCGUCGCAUUAGGCUCUACGACCAGUGUCCGCUGCUUCGCCAUGUGCGGGUCGAACCUGUCUGUCUUCAGCCGGUUCCGCGUCGGAUCCAGCUUGUCGAUCUUGGAUGCCAGUAGUCUGGGGAGCGCCGUGUCCAUGCGUGGCUUCACGCGGGUGGGCUCUCGACUGUCCCUCUUCGGUCUGGUCCGAUGCGGAUCGACUGUCAGCGCGUUCAACAGCGUCUGCUUGGGCAGCAACCUGAGUAUUCGUGCGCAAGUGCGCAUGGGCAGCGCGUUCAGCAUCUACAGCCGGUGCGCGUUUGGGUCUAGCCUGUCGCUCCUGGACUUUGCGAACAUCGCUAGUGCAACUUCUUUGCGCACGAUCCUGAAGAUCGGAAGUUCCCUGUCCAUAUUCAGCUAUGGUCGAUUCGGAUCCAGUCUUUCUAUCUUGCAAGCGGUAACCUUUGGUUCCAGUCUGUCGUUGCGUGCAGUGCAGCGUCUUGGCUCCGCCAUCUCCGUCUACGGCCAGAUGCGCUUUGGAAGUUGCGUUUCCGUACUUGACAGCGUGCGCUUCGGUUCGACCAUGAGUGUACGUGCCCUUGUGCGAUUGGGCAGCAACUGCUCCAUCUUCAGCCGCGUCACACUGGCUUCCGCGUGCUCCAUUCUGAAGUUCGGUGAACUCGGAUCAUCCGUGUCCGUUCGAUCCUUCAUCCGUGGAGGCAGCUUGUGCAGCUUCUUCGACUUUGUGUCUCUUGGAAGCGCCAUUUCAGUGCGUAGCAGCGCUCGCUUCGGCAGCUCGCUCUCCGUUCUCGGACGCAUCCAAUUCGGCCUGAACUGUUCCGCAUUGGAUAGCACUUCGCUCGGUAGUGGAUUCUCCGUGCGUGCGUUCGCAAGAUUUGCCGCUAAGGUAUCGAUCUGCAACAUGGCAACCUUCGGAUCAUCGUUGUCCGUCCGUUCGGUUACGCGUAUCGGCAGCAUGGCUUCCAUCUUCAGCAAGUGCCGCAUGGGAUCCAGCUUGAGCGCCGUUGACUUUCUGUCUCUAGGAAGUGCGAUUUCCUUGCGCAACAGCGCUCGUGUGGGCAGCUCCGUCUCGUUGUUCUCGCAGCUGCGUAUCGGUAGCUCCAUGUCCACCCUGGAUCAGCUACACUUGGGUAGCAGCUUCUCGUUGCGUGCGCUUGGUCGUAUCGGAACGUCUCUCUCCGUCUUCGACUUUGUGCACCUCGGAAGCACUCUGUCCUUGCGUGGCGCUUGCCGCUACGGCAGCACGUUCAGCGUGUACAACCAGGUCGCCAUGGGCAGCCGCAUCUCCGUGUUGAAGUUCGCGCAGUUCGGAAGCUCCAUGUCUCUGCGGUCCUUCGGACGCAUGGGCAGCGCCAUCUCGGUGCUUGAUUUCGCUCAUUUGGGCAGCGCUCUGUCUAUGCGCGGAACCGGCCGACUCGGAUCUAGCUUCUCCGUGUUCUCGAAGGUGCGCUGGGGCAACCAAGCAAGCGUCUUCGACUACGUCCACAUGGGAAGCAACACGUCCGUGCGUGCUUUGGCAGCAUUUGGAAGCAGCUUCAGCGUCUACUCUCGAUGCAUCAGUGGAAGUUCUAUGAGUUUGUUGCAGUGGGCCAGCUUCGGUAGCGCUUUGUCGCUCCGUUGCACGGCUCGAAGUGGCAGCAGCUUCUCUCUGUUCUCGCAGGUGCGGUUGGGCUCAAGUCUCAGUGCUUUGAUGCAGCAGCAUUUCGGCUCUGCUUUGAGUCUGCGUGCAUUUGCGCGUCUGGGCAGUGCAGCUAGCGUCUACGGACGAUUGGCCUUUGGCAGCGGCUGCUCGGUUUUGAACUUCUUCCACUUAGGAAGUGGUCUCUCUCUCCGCUCUAUGGGUCAAGUCGGAAGCGUUUGCUCCGUGUUCAAUCGCGUGCGCUUGGGCAUGGCCUUGUCGACGCUCGACUACGUACACUUGGGAAGCAGCGUGAGUCUCCGGUCCUUCGGACGCUUCGGAAGCGCUCUGUCCGUCAUGGACGCCGUGGCGAUCGGGUCUUGCAUGUCCCUUCGCGGCGUUGGCCGCUUCGGCAGUGGCGUCUCGGUCUGGGGACUGGCUAGGUGCGGAGGACAAUUAUCCGUCUACGACUCCCAGGCCUUUGGUUCAUCGCUCUCUCUAAGAGCAUACGCGCGCUUGGGAUCCAGUAUCAGCAUGUACUCGAAGAUCACAUUUGGAAGCGCGUGCUCCAUCCUGGACUACGCAAACCUCGGUAGCUCGAUCAGUGUCCGUGCUUUGGCACGGCUCGGAGGCGCAGUGUCGAUGUUCGACUUCCUCAACGUCGGGAGCGCCUUGAGUCUGCGUGCCUCCGGUCGCGCAGGAUCCGCGAUUAGCGUCUUCUCCGCUGUCCGCCUCGGCAGUUCCAUGAGCUUGCUGAACUGGGCUAGCCUCGGUUCCAUUUGCUCCUUGCGCAGCGUGGCACGCAUGGGCUCACGCAUGAGCUGCUUCGCACAAUCUAUGUUCGGAAGCUCGCUCUCCGUACUUGCGUCCGUUAACUUCGGCAGCUCGCUGUCAGUGCGCAGUAUGUACCGAUUGGGAGAACAAGCCAGCAUGUUCGACUGCUUCGAGAUGGGUUCCACCCUCUCUUUACGCGCAAUGGGCAAGUUUGGUUCUCAACUUUCCCUCUUCGACUCCUGCCGACUCGGAAGUACCCUGUCCAUCCUUGAUGCGGCGUCUCUUGGAUCCUCCAUCUCGGUGCGCAGUUUCGCACGUGUCGGCGGCUCCUACUCUGCGUUGGACAGCGUCACUUUGGGUAGCACGCUCUCGGUGCGUGCGUUUGGCCGUUGCGGCUCUGGCGUGAGCAUCUUCCUGCGCACUCGUGUGGGAGGGCGCUUCUCGCUGGUGGACUCCGCGGAAUUGGGCAGCAGCUUGAGUGUACGAGCAACUAGCCGCUUCGGCGAACGCGUCACGAUCCUGGACUUCGCGAACUUUGGAAGUUCGCUUUCGUUGCGCUCCUUCAUCCGUGUUGGCAGUGGCUUCUCAAUCUACGGAGAGCUGCGUGCGGGAAACCAGAUGUCGCUGUUAGACAAAGCGACCUUUGGCAGUGGCUGCUCUAUGCGCAGUCUUGCGCGGUUCGGCAGUUCCGUUUCGGUGCUCUCCUUCUGCCACGUCGGUUCGACACUCUCGCUGCGUGCUUAUGCACGCAUCGGCAGCAGCGCAAGCAUCUUCUCGAAUGUGCAACUCGGAGAUGCUUUGUCUGUCCUAGGACAAGUGGAUAUGGGCUCUUCCUGUUCCCUGCGCGCUUUUGCUCGUAUGGGCAGCGCCGUUUCGAUUUGCAGUUUCCUGAACGUCGGCUCUGUGCUGUCCAUCCGUCAGUUCAUGCGGGUCGGUUCCGGAGUCAGCGUCCGCGGUCGCACACGCGUUGCACGCGAGGUCAGUAUCUUGUCUCGUGUGCACUUGGCAAGCAGCUUGUCCGUACGCAGCUUCGGACGUCUCGGCAGCGCUAUCAGUGUGUUCGACUACGUGGCCUUCGGGAGUUCGAUCUCGGUGCGCGCAACCGCUCGUCUCGGCUCGAUCUUCAGCAUCUUCAAUAGCGCCAUGCUGGGUUCCGGACUCUCGGUGCUCGACUACAUGAUGCUGGGUUCGACGUUGUCCGUGCGCGCCGCCAGUCGCUUUGGCUCACGCAUGAGCGUCUUUGAUCAGCUGAUGUUGGGCUCCACACUGUCGUUGCGCAGCUUCGGCCGCCUCGGCAGCCACAUCAGCGUGAAAGGCCGACUGAUCUGCGGGAGCUCUUUGUCAAUCCUGAACUGGGCGUCUGCAGGCAGCUCGUUGUCCGUGCGUUGCUUCACGCGACUCGGAUCGUCAUGCAGCGUUGCAACUAUCGGCCAGUGCCGCAUCUCUCCAGCCGCGAGUGUCUUAGACAUGACUAGUUUAGGUUCGUCACUGUCCGUCCGCGGUGCCUUCGCACGCUUCGGUGAAAGCCUGUCCGUUUUCGACUUCGUAACGGCAGGCAGCACGCUCUCUGUGCGCGCAGUUACUCGUAUGGGUUCGCGGAUCUCGGCGUUCAAGCGCGUCAAGUUUGGAGCGGAGCUCUCGUUGCUGGACCAAGCAUCUCUUGGUUCCGUUCUGUCGAUCCGCACCUUCGCACGCCUCGGCAGCGGACUCAGUGUCUGCGCCAAGACCAACUUGUGCGCGAAUAUGAGCGUUCUCGGAGCUGUGGCACUCGGUAGCAGCUUCUCCGUGCGCAGCUUCGUUCGCUUUGGCAGCCACCUGUCCUUGAUGGACUUUGCGAACCUCGGCAGUUGCCUUUCUCUCCGCGACUUCGUGCGUGCGGGCAGCGCAUUGAGCGUUGUACGACGCACGUUCAUGGGUAGCGACUUCAGCUUGCUGGAUCGUGUGGAACUCGGCAGUAGCUUCUCCGUGCGUGGAAUCGCGCGCUUCGGUGAGAGCAUCAGCGUUUUGUGCGUUGGCUGCUUCGGCAGCGCCAUGAGUAUGCGUGCCUUCUGCCGUGCCGGCAGCUCCAUGUCAAUUCAUGGUCCGAUGGCCAGAGUCCACGCCAGCUUGUCUCUCCUUGAGCAGUCCGCUUUGGGAAGCUCGAUUAGUGUGCGAUCCAUCGUUCGCAUGGGCUCUGCACUCUCAACACUAGACUUCACGGGCAUUGGAUCGUCCUUGAGCAUGCGCAGCUUCUUCCGAGUUGGCUCUGCGCUCUCAGUGGUUCUCGGAACGCGUCUUGGACAGGCGUUGUCAGUGCUCGACUUCGCGCACUUGGGCAGCACAUUCAGUUUGCGCUCUACUGCUCGCAGCGGAAGUGCCUGCUCGAUCUUGAGCUUCGUGCAGUUGGGCAGCACAGUCUCCUUGCGGUCUUUCUGCCGCGUUGGCAGCGCGUUCAGCGUGCAUGCGCCAGCGCGCACCACGCAGAUAUCCGGUAGCACAUCGAUCAUGAGCUUCGCGGCUCUAGGAAGCUCUCUAUCCGUGCGAACCUUUGUGCGCGUCGGCAAGAUGUGCAGUGUGCUUGACUGCGCGCACCUCGGCAGCUCGAUGUCUGUUCGUACGCACGUGCGCUUCGGCAGCAGCUGCUCCGCCGUCGACUUCCUCGCGCUCGGCAGCACUCUCUCCGUGCGCACCGUUGUGCGACUGGGCUCUUCGCUCUCCGUCUUCGGCAAAUUGCGUAUGGGCUCUACGCUCUCUACGUUGGACCACAGCCGAAUGGGCAGCUCGCUUUCUGUCCGAAACUUCGUCCGACUCGGUUCGUCGCUCUCCUUGACUGGCAAGCACGUCCGCUUGGGCGCACAGCUCUCGGUGCAACAUCAGCUGGAGCUGGGAUCGUCCAUCAGUCUGCGAAGCUUCAUCCGCAUCGCGGGUUCCUGCAGUGUUGGAGAGUUCUUGACCAUCGGAUCGUCCGUUUCGUUGCGCGCCUACGCCCGCAUCGGAUCUAGCGUGAGCAUCGCAGCUGGUCGUGGCCGAUUCGGUGGCAACAUCUCCGUCUGCGACGCUACGACUCUGGGUAGCAGCAUCUCGGUCCGCACCUACUCGCGCUUGGGUAGUGCUCUUUCGGUGCUCAGCUUCUGCCAGUUCGGCAGCAGCAUGUCCCUGCGUGCUAUGGGCCGCUUCGGCAGCAACUGCAGCAUCCUCAGCUACACCUACCUCGGAUCGUCGCUCUCUUUGCGUACCUUCAUGCGUGUCGGUUCGGCCACGUCGGUCCAUGGCAACUUCCAGUGCGGUGGCACCAUGUCGGUUCUGGAUCAAGUGGAGCUUGGUAGUUCCUUGUCGCUCCGCAGCUUUGCAAAGAUGGCUAGCAAGGCCUCUGUCUUGGAUUACCUGAACAUUGGCCAGGCGCUGUCUCUCCGAACUACGGCUCGUUGCGGUAGCCGCUGCAGCGUCACGGACUUCAUCGACAUGGGCAGCAGCUUGUCGUUGCGCAGCUUCCUGCGCGUCGGCAGCGCAUUCAGCAUUGUGGGAGAUACUAAGGUCGGAAUCGCCAUGUCCGUCAUGGACUACUUGACUUUGGCUUCUAGUCUCUCUGUCCGGAGCCAUGCGCGAUUGGGCAAGGAAGUUUCCAUCAUGAGCUUCGCCCAUUUAGGCUCCAGCAUGAGUUUACGAACGUACGCUCGCAUCGGCAGCAGUUUGUCUGUCGGUCCGGACGCGUCCACGCGACUAGGCGGCGCUGCUUCGAUCUGCGCCUACACGCACUUGGCCUCGAGCUUGAGCGUGCGCGCGUUCGCGAAGUUGGGCAGCGGAUGCAGCAUUCUGGACUACCUGCAUGCUGGCAGCACGAUGUCUCUGCGCAACUGCUUGCGCAUUGGCUCUGGACUGUCUACUCUAGGCACCGUCAGGUUUGGAAGUUCGAUUUCCCUCUUGCACACUAUGGAAGUUGGUAGCAGUUACUCUGUCCGCAACUUCUUGCGCAUCGGGUCCAGCUGCUCUGCGAUCUCGCAUCUGAGGUGCGGCGGAUCGAUCUCCUUGUUGAACUUCACGUCUAUGGGAAGCGCAGUUUCGCUCCGCAACUUCUCGCGAUUCGGCGAGAAUGUUUCCGUGAUGGACAGCGCUUUCUUGGGCUCAGGCUUGUCUCUGCGCGCCUUCAUGCGCAUUGGCAGCUCCUUGUCACUCGGACAACACUUCCGAGUUGGCCAGAACGCUUCCGUUUUGGACUACUUCCAGUUAGGAAGCACCUUCAGCGUUCGUAAUGUCGGCAGCAUGGGAAGCACGUGCUCUUUAUACGGUCGUGUGCGUGUCGGCAGCUGCAUGUCAGCUCUGGAAGCCACAAGCAUUGGAAGCUCAUUAUCUUUGCGCGCCUUUGCACGUCUCGGGUCCGCAGUUAGCGUCUUCGGACAGGCACGAUUCGGUUCUGCAUUGAGCUUCCUGAGCCAAUGCAGCGUCGGCAGCUCGCUUUCUCUACGCGCUUUUGCAAGACUCGGCUCCGCCCUGUCGUUGACCACCAACUUCAUCGCGGGUGGAACUUGCAGUGUUGUCGAGUGCGCGUCUUUGGGAAGUGCGAUGAGCUUGAGGAGCUACGCUCGCUUCGGAUCUACGGUCAGCUUCUUCGGAUGGUGCCGUUUGAACCAGCAGAUGUCCACUUUAGCUGCAGUUACCGUUGGUAGCAGCAUGAGCUUGCGUACCUAUGCCAGACUGGGCAGUGCGUUCAGCAUCAAGGGCCGCACAACGGCAGGCAUCGGUGGAAUGUCCUUGAUGGACAGCCUAACCAUGGGUUCCAGCCUGUCGGUUCGCGCGUGUACGCGUUUGGGCAGCUCGCUCUCCGUCAAGGGUCAGAUCCGAUUCGGCGAUGAAUUCUCGCUCAAAGAAAGCUUCAAUCUCUCGUCUUGCCUGAGUCUGCGUGGCUUCAUCCGUUGCGGCAGUUCGUUGUCGAUCUUCGGUGUUGGACGGUUCGGCAGCUCGCUCUCUGUGCUGGCGUCGACGUACAUGGGUUCGUCCAUGUCGAUUCGAGCAUACCUACGUUCUGGGUCUUCGUUGAGCUUCUUCGGGGCCUCGCGUUGCGGUUGCUCUAUCUCGAUCCUAGACACCAGCACCAUCGGCAGCUCUUUGAGCUUGCGAUCGGCUGCAAGGUUUGGAUCUAACAUGUCCACAUUCGAUAUGUUGGGCAUUGGCAGUUCCUUGUCUCUGCGAGCUUCAGCUCGCAUCGGCAGCUCCUUCAGCGCCUUUGGGCCGGCUCGCCUCGCAAGCUGCAUGUCCGCACUGAACUUUGCAACCUUGGGUUCCUCGUGUUCCGUGCGAAACUAUUGCCGCAUCGGUUCCGGAAUUAGCGUUUCGGGCAGUGUUAUCCUGGGGUCCGUGCAGUUCAUGUCCGUUGUUGGCAUUGCGAACUUUGGUUCGUCUCUGUCAAUCCGCGGCUUCUCGAAGCUUGGAAGCAAGGUGAGUGCCUUCGACAUGCUAGCAUUGGGUUCCAGCAUCUCGCUGCGCUCUUUCGCACGGGUCGGCUCGUCAGUCAGCGUCAGUGCCAAGGCGAACAUCCAUGACGCCAACUUGUCGCAGUCAUUCACGGUGGCAAACUUCGCACGUCUCGGUGAUCGGCUCUCCGUCUUCGACCACGUGGCUUUAGGCAGUUCGUUAUCCCUGCGAUGUCACGCGCAGCUGAGCAAGAACAUGUCUGUCAUGGACUUCGUUUCGAUCGGAAGCUCUAUGAGUCUACGUGGGCUCAUUCGCAUGGGCAGUUCCAUCAGUCUCGCUGGGGGACAGGCCAUCCUGCAGACGCGCUUAUCGAUCCUCUCGCAGGCGUCUCUCGGCAGCACAUUGAGCGUACGUAGCUUCUCGCAGUUGGCCUCCAAGGCUUCGGUGUUGGAUGCGGUUGCGACUGGUUCUUCGAUCUCCUUGCGCAACUUCCUGCGCCUCGGAAGCGCUUGUAGCGUCCACGGACUGGCGUUCCUAUCUAGCGCACACGCGAUGAGCGUUUUGGACGCGAUUUCUCUAGGAAGCAGCAUGAGUUUGCGUGGUGCGUUCAAGUGCGGCGGCGGAUUGAGCAUCUUAGAUUACGUCAGCAUGGGCAGUGAGCUCUCCCUGCGAUCGGCUAUGCGCUGUGGUUCUAGCCUCAGCAUCUACGGUGCCGGCACUCGCGGUCGCGUGGGCUGCCAGAUGUCAAUGCUGGAUCUGCUGCACAUGGGCAGCACGAUCUCGGUGCGAUCCUUCGUUCGCAUGGGCAGCGCGAUGUCGACACUAGAUUUCGUCACAGUCGGUUCCUCGCUGUCCAUCCGCCAGUUCGCAAGGUUCGGCUCUGCAGUCAGCGUUGCCGGACUCUCCGGUUGCCGCUUCUCACUCCUGCAGCACGUGAACUUGGCUAGCUCUCUCUCUGUGCGCGGCACUGCUCGCAUGGGCAGCAACAUGAGCGUUCUGGAAUUCGUCGGAUUUGGAGCAGAGUUGAGCAUUCGGUCCACUGGCUUUCUGGGUAGUGGUGCCAGUGUUUUGGACUUCGUGUCCUGCGGCAGUGCCAUGAGUCUCCGCAGCAACUUCCGCGCAGGUUCUCAUGCCUCAGUGCUUGAUGCCACGCAUUUUGGCAGCACCCUGAGUGUGCGCAACUGCGUCCGCCUAGGUUCCGCUUGCAGCUUGUUCGGCAAGCUCGCUUUGGGCAGCUGCUUGAAGCUCUCGGUGAUUGGUGCAGCGAACUGUGCUUCAUCCUUGAGUCUGCGAACGAGCGCUAGAUUGGGCUCUGCUCUCAGUGUGCUCAACUUCACGGCCAUGGGAUCGACUAUGUCCACGCGCUCCUUCGUGCGCUUGGCCAGCACCUUGAGUGUCUUCGGAGAUCAGAAGGUCGGAAUGAAGUGCUCAGUCCUGAGCAGCGCUUCCUUGGGCAGUUCAUUGUCCGUUCGCGCUUUGGCUCGAUGCGGAUCGCGUGCAAGCGUCCUAGACUUCCUGCAAAUUGGAAGCUCCAUGUCAGUUCGCCAGUUCACGCGCGUUGGAAGCGGCAUGUCCGUCCACGGCGCCUUCCAGGUUGGAUCUGCUUUGGCAGUUAGCGUAAUUGGCAUGACGACGAUGGGCAGCAGCAUGUCCCUCCGAUCCUACUGCCGAUGCGGUUCCGCGAUGUCGCUGCUUGACUUCGUCAACGCCGGCAGCUCCGUGUCACUCCGUGCACACAUGCGCUGCGGCUCCAGCAUCAGUGUUGUGGGCGAACACGCGCGCAUCUCGCCAAGGAUCAGCAUCCUGAACUCAGCAACGCUCGGCUCGUCCUUGAGCGUCCGUUCCCUGGCUCGCUUCGGCAGCGCAGCCAGCUUGCUUGACUACCUGCAGUGCGGUUCUUCCCUUUCGUUGCGCACCUACUUGCGUGUCGGAUCCGCCGUGAGUCUCUUCGAUGGCUUGCGCGGCGGCAAGCAGGCCAGCGUCCUGGACUACUUGAGCAUCGGAUCCAGCCUGAGUGUGCGUUCAAUGUCUCGAUUUGGAUCCUCGGCGUCCGUCUUCGACUACAUGAACUUGGGUUCCAGUCUCAGUCUGCGCAGCUUCACGCGGCUGGGCAGCCACCUGUCCGUCCACGGUGACGUGGAUAUGCACGGAACCAGUUCUGGUUUGAGCAUCUUCCCACGCGCACGCUUCGGAACGCAAUUCUCCGUGUUCGACUUUCUGCAGGUGGGCUCAGCCUUGUCUCUCCGAGGUCAAGCGCGUCUGGGCAGUUCCUUGUCCGUGCACGGCGCCAGCUUCUUAGGAUCGGUGCAUCGCAUGAGCAUCAUCGGCUUCUGCCACUUGGGAAGCAGCUUCUCUUUGCGCAGCUUCGCUAAGUUCGGCAACACCUUGUCUAUUCUGGAUAGCGUGACUCUGGGAAGCUCGAUGUCUUUGCGCAGCUUCACAAGGACUGGCAGCGCAGUCAGCGUGUUGAACUUCGCGCACUUCGGAUCCAGUGUCAGUGUGCGCAACUUCGUGCGCAUCGGCUCUUCCUGUUCGAUCCUGACCGACGCGCGCAUCGGCGGCGCCGUCUCGGCUCUGCAACAGGUGCAUUUAGGCAGCUCUUUGUCCGUCCGCGGUUUGGCACGUAUGGGUUCCCAGGCUUCGGUCUUGGACUUCGUGCAAGUCGGAAGCAGCCUGUCCGUACGCCAGUUUGCUCGCAUCGGCUCUGGCCUCAGUGUCCAUGGCAGAACUGCAGUUGGCUCCGUUUACCGAUUAAGUAUCAUCGAGCGCACAACCUUAGGGUCGUCGCUUUCUGUCCGAGGCACAGCCCGCUUCAACGAGCGUAUGUCGGUCUUCGACUUCAUGACACUUGGCAGCAAUCUGUCUCUACGCGCAGUAGCCAGGUUAGGAUCCGGACUUUCGGUCCUCCGUGAGAUCCGAAUUGGUGGUGACAUCUCAGUCCUCGGCCAAAUGCACAUUGGCUCUACGUUCUCUUUGCGAGGGUUCACGCGCAUGUCCUCUGCAAUUAGCAUCUUGGACUUUGCGACCAUCGCAUCCGGUGUCAGCAUCCGCAACUGGAUCAAGUGCGGCUCCGCUUUCAGCGCUUUUGGACACUCGCGUGUCGGUGGCGCAUUAAGCGUGCUGAACUUCUUCCAUAUGGGAAGUAGUUGUUCCGUGCGUUCCUUCGCUGCGUUUGGAUCCAGCUACUCUGCCUUCGACUUCCUCAAGUUGGGCAGCUCUCUGUCUGUCCGCUCAAGCGGCAUCUUAGGUGCUUGCAUGAGCGUGGUGGACUUUGCGCAGUUCGGCAGCUCCGUGUCGGUUCGCAGCUUCUUCCGAUGCGGCGGACGACCAAGCGUCUUAGAUGCAUUCAACCUCGGCAGUUCGCUGUCGAUCCGCGCCUACUGCCGCACAGGUUCUAGCAUGAGCGUUCGCGGCUUACUCAAUGUCGGAUCAGUCUUGAAGAUCAGCGUUGUGGACUACGCGCACUGCGGUAGCACCAUGUCCGUGCGCAGCUUCGCUAGAUUCGGCAAAACCAUGAGCGUGCUGGACUACCUGGAAAUGGGUUCGUCGCUCUCAACGCGCAACUUCGUGCGUCUUGGAUCCAGCGUCUCCCUAGCCGGCGUUGGCAUGCACAACGUUUGCUCCGGGAAACUGUCGGUCCUAGACCGCGUCUCCUUCGCCAGCACACUGUCGUUGCGAGGAAGCGCGAGAUUCGGCUCCGCAACCAGCGUGUUCAACUUCGUGCACAUGGGCAGCUCCUACAGCCUCAGGGCGUUUGCACGUUGCGGCAGCAGUCUAUCAGUUGCAGGUCGCGACUUCCGCGCUUCCGGACGCAUCAGCUUGUUGGAUGGCUCCAACUUGGGCUCUAGCUUGAGUGUUCGCUCUACUGCGCGAUUUGGAUCGCGUAUGAGCGUUUCCGAAUUUGUGAACAUGGCGUCAUCCUUGUCUAUCCGCAAUUUCGUGCGUUUAGGCAGUGGCUUGAGCAUCAUUGGACUCACCAAGUUUGGAUCUUUGCUGAACUGCAGCAUCAUCCAACAAGUCGACCUUGGCAGCAGCAUGUCGAUCCGCUCAACUGCUCGCUUCGGAAGCGCCAUGAGCAUCUUGGACUUCCUGAACAUGGGCAGUGGCUACUCUUUGCGCAACUACGCUCGAUUGGGCAGCGGACUCAGCAUUCAUGGCUUGGCCAGGGCUGGUUCGGUGUUCAGUCUGUCGUUGGUGGAUUGCGCAACUUUGGGAAGCAGCAUCUCGGUCCGCGGCUUGGCUCGCAUUGGCAGCAAGUGCUCGGUCCUGGACUUCAUGGAGCUGGGCAGCACUUGUUCCAUCCGUUCCUUCGUACGUGCGGGCAGCGCGUGCUCGCUCUUUGCGACGCUGAAGAUCGGCAAGCAAGCCAGUAUCUUGGACUGCGCACACCUGGGCAGCUCGUUCAGCGUGCGUAGCUUCACACGAUUCGGCUCCUCAUUGUCCGUUCUGGAGUACACCGGCAUCGGCAGUUCGGUGUCUUUGCGUUCCUUCGCACGCAUCGGGUCCUCCAUCUCCGUGUACGGCGACAACAUGCGUGCGCGCAGCCGCGCCUCGAUUCUCGGAUUCAUGCACCUGGGCAGCAGCUUGAGCGUGCGUUCCACAGUCAGAUUUGGAAGCGCCAUGAGCCAACUGGACUUCUCGCAAGUCGGAUCUAGCGUUUCUCUCAGACAGCUUGCUCGUUGCGGCUCUAGCGUAAGCUUGUUUGGACUGUUCGCAUGCGGUUCUGCUCUGCAGUUGAGCGUAAUCCAGCAACAGAGCUUGGGUUCCGCACUUAGUCUUCGUGCGUUUGCUAGAUUCGGCCAGAAGUUGAGCGUUCUCGACUUCGUCGGCCUCGGCUCUGCGCUUUCCGUUCGUAGCAACUUUCAAGGCGGCUCUCGCGGCAGCAUUCUGGACUUCAUGGAGCUCGGUUCCAGCAUUAGCAUCCGAUCUAUGGUCCGGUGCGGAUCCAGCAUUAGCGUGAUGGGAGCAUCCAAGGUCGGAUCUGUGCUCGGCGUAUCUGUGAUUGACUUCGUCAAGCUCGGAUCGAGCCUGUCCUUGCGGUCUACUGCCAGAUUCGGUGGCCACGUGUCUGUGUUCGACUUCAUGACCAUGGGCAGUGCUUUGUCGUUACGCCAAUUCGCACGACUGGGGUCGAGUCUGUCCGUCCACGGCGUCGCUUCAUUCGGUAGUGUCUGCAAAACCUCGAUCAUCGAGCAAGCGGCACUGGGCAGCUCCUUGAGCGUCCGUGCAUUCGCACGUUGCGGUGAUAUGGGAAGCAUCUUCGACUAUUUGUCGUUGGGCAGCAGCAUCUCCGUACGCAACUAUGCCCGCGUCGGAAGCAGCUUCUCUCUCGGCAGAGAGUGCAAGACCGGCAGCAUGGUUUCCAUGCUCUCGUUCGUCGAAUUGGGUAGCUCAUUGAGCAUCCGUAGCGUAACUCGCGUUGGUUCGUCAGCGAGCGUCCUGAACUUCGUGCACCUUGGAUCCACUUUGAGUUUGCGCUCUAUGGCAAAGUGCGGAAGCCGAUUGUCCACACUCGACUUCCUCACAUUGGGAAGCCAGAUCUCUGUCCGGGCGUUCACGCGUCUGGGCAGUGGUGCUUCGGUUCGCGGCACCGCUCGCGUCUCCGAAAGCUUCUCCGUGUUGAGCUUCACGCAACUGGGCUCUAGCUGCUCAGUGCGCAGUCACAUGCGCUUGGGCAAGAACUUGAGUGCACUCGACUUCGUGAGCUGCGGUAGCACAUUGAGUAUGCGCUCCUUGGUGCGGUUCGGAUCUGCGUUGUCUGUGUUGGAUUGCGCCACCGCAGGUAGCAGUAUGUCGCUGCGCGCCUUCUGCCGCGUUGGAUCCACGCUGUCGCUCACUCAGUUCUUGCGUGUUGGCCAGGAUCUCUCUGUUCUCGACAGCGCCACAAUGGGCAGCAGCCUCUCUGUGCGCACGUUCACGCGACUCGGACACGAACUGAGCGUCCUCGAUGCUCUUAGCUUCGGCAGCAGCAUGAGCUUACGAUCCACUAUUCGUGCAGGAUCCGCUGUUUCCUCCUUGAGCUUCAGCGCCAUCGGAUCGACACUCAGUAUCCGUAGCUUUACGCGUGUCGGCAGCUCCUUCUCCGUACUCGGCUUGACGAAGUGCGGGUCCGUACAGACUCUCUCCGUUAUCGGAAGCAUUCUGUUGAGCAGCAACUUGUCGGUCCGCAGCUUCCUGCGCCUCGGCAGCAACAUCAGCGUAAUCGACUAUGUCGAGAUGGGCUCAGCAGUCUCGAUCCGCUCUUACACACGUCUAGGGUCCGCCUUCUCGGUCAGCAGCAGUUGCGGAAAGUGCAGCACGCUUGGCGGUACUGGUGGAUUGAGCAUUCUGAGUCAGACGACGUUGGGCAGCUCUUUGAGCGUCCGAUCUCACGGUAGAUUCGGAUCUGCCGCAAGCGUUUUCGACUUCAUGAACCUCGGCAGCUCCUUGAGCUUGCGCGCCAUGGUACGCUGCGGCAGCAGCUGCAGCGUAACUGGUCGUGUCGCGCUCGGCAGCGUCUGCACUUUGUCCGUGAUGGGCUGUUCGAACCUGGGCUCCACGCUCAGCGUGCGUGGCUUCGCCAGAUGCAGUUCUCGCGCUAGCGUCAUGGACAUGCUGUCCUUGGGCAGUACACUCUCCCUUCGAAGCGUGUGCCGUAUCGGAUCCACGUUCUCAGUCUUCGCUAGAGGAAAAGCAGGCUCCGACAUGUCCGUGAUGUGCCACACGCACUUGGGCAGCUCCAUGUCGCUACGCCGCUUCGCUAUGCUAGGAAGCAAGAUGUCCGUGCUCGACUUCGUUGGCAUCGGCUCUUCUCUCUCCGUGCGUGCCUUCGUGCGUUGCGGCUCCGCCUUCAGCGUCAACCGCGUGUCUUCGGAAGCGGUCGCAUCGUUUGGCGUCAAGCUGUCCGUGUUGGACAUGAUGGCUCUUGGAAGUUCGUUAAGCGUCCGGGGCGCAGUGUCGAUGGGCUCUAGAGCCUCUAUUCUUGACAUGUUCAGCAUGGCCAGCUCGCUUUCGAUCCGCACCAUGUCGCGUCUAGGAAGCAGCCUGUCUGUCACAGGCGUGAUGAAUAUCGGAUCCGUCAAACGCUUGUCCGUCAUUGGCCUAGCCACUGCAGGCAGCACUCUGUCGAUCCGAUCGUUCUCCAGACUCGGUUCUAGUGUGAGUGUCCUGCAGUUCGCCCACAUGGGAUCGGGCUUGUCAGUGCGCAGUUUCGGUCGCUUCGGAAGCAGCAUGUCGAUGGUCGACUUUGCGAUCCUCGGGUCCUCCGUCAGCAUCCGUAGCUUCACGCGCUACGGUAGCGCGUGCUCCGUCUUGGAGUUCGUCACGAUGGGCAGCGGCUUGAGCAUGCGUUCGUUCGCACGGCUGGGCAGCACCUUGUCUGCCAUGAGCACGUCUCGAUGUGGCGAAGGACUUUCAGUGCUCGAUUGGGCGCUCUUUGGGUCUUCGCUGUCUGUGCGUACCUGCACAAGAUUCGGCAGUGCUAUGAGCGUGGUGGACUUCGCACACAUCUCCAGCUCAAUCAGCUUGAGGUCCUUCAUGCGUCUGGGUUCGGGCUUAUCCGUUUUCAGCCGCUUGAACGCGGGACAAGCGGUCAGUGUGCUGGGGCAAAGCCAUAUCGGCUCUAGCAUGAGCUUGCGGAGUGUCGCAAGACUAGGAAGUGGCGUGUCCGUUCUGGACAACGUCUCGUUCGGAUCUUCGCUCUCGAUCAGAGCAUGCGCAAGGUUCGGCAGCCGAACAUCUGUCUUGAACUUCUUCGGUUGUGGUAGCUCCCUCAGCAUGCGUUCAACUGCCAGGAUGGGAGCAAACAUGAGCAUUUUGGACUUCGUUCAUCUCUCCAGUAGUUUGAGCAUCCGUUCUCACGCUCGUCUCGGAUCUAGCAGUUCCGUCUUCGGCUUGGCUCGUGUCGGCAGCUGCUACGAAAUGUCCGUGAUCGGCAUGACGCACUUAGGCUCCAGCUUGUCCUUGCGCGCCUUCGGCCGCUUCGGCAGUGCUGUCAGUAUCUGCGAGUUCGUCACUCAGGGAAGCAGUUUGAGUCUACGGUCCUACGUGCGCAUCGGAUCCUCGGUGUCCGUCUGGAACAAGGCUAUGCGUGUUGGCGGUGCUCUGUCGCUUUUGAACAGCGCGUCGAUCGGCUCCAGCUGCAGCGUGCGUUCCUUCUCGAGACUCGGAUCCACGGUUUCGAUCUUGCGCACGGCGCGACUUGGAAGUGCCCUUUCUGCCUUGGCAGAAGUGCACAUUGGCAGUUCGCUGUCUGUGCGCAGCAUGGCUCGCGUCAGCGGAAACACCAGCAUUCUGGACCAUGUCUACUUCGGCAGCGCUCUCUCCAUCCGCAGCUUCAUGCGCGGUGGUUCUCGUUGUAGUGUGCUGGAUCAGUUGGCCGUCGGCAGCAGCUUGAGUCUGCGUGCCACAGUCAGGCUUGGAUCUUCGUUAUCGGUUACUGGCUUGACAGCAUUGGGCAGCUGCUUGCGAACGAGCGUGAUUGAGUUCACGAAUCUGGGAAGCUCUAUGAGCAUCCGCAGCUUCACGCGCAUCGGCGAGCGCGUAUCCUGCAUGGACGCGAUGCACCUUGGUUCAUCUUUGAGCCUGCGUGCUUUCGCACGUCUUGCAAGUGGAGCCUCUGUGCUCGGCCGCACUCGUCUGGGCAAGGACCUUUCGGUGAUGGACGCCACGUCGCUCGGCUCCAGCGUAUCUCUCAGAUCGCUGUGCCGCUUCGGAAGCGCUUUGUCCAUCCUCGACUUCGCUAUGUGCGGCAGCGCCGUGAGUGUACGCUCCUUCACCCGUCUGGGCUCCGCUCUCGUCGUUUCUGGACUCGCAAAUGUGGGUAGUUGCAUGAACUUGAGCGUAAUCGGCGCCAUGAACCUGGGCAGCUCGCUUUCGUGCCGCGCCUUUGCACGGUGUGGCUCCGCCAUGAGCGUCUUGAACUUCGUCAACGCCGGUAGCAGCAUGAGCAUCCGCAGCUUCUUGCGUCUCGGCAGCUCUGUUUCGGUACGUGGUCUGCAGCAUGUUGGUUCAGUCAGCCGUGUCUCGAUUAUUGACUUUUUGACCGCUGGCAGCUCGUUCUCCGUCCGUGGACUCGCAAGAAUUGGAGCUCAGAUUUCGAUUCUCGACUACGUUUCGAUCGGCUCCAGCGUCUCCAUGCGCGCCUUCAUGCGGUUGAGUUCGAACAUCUCGAUCCUCGACUAUCUGAAGUUGGGCUCGAGCGUGUCGGUGCGUGGCUUUGGUCGUUGCGGUUCUCGAUGCAGCGUCCUAGACACUUUCGCACUCGGUUCGUCGCUCUCCUUGCGCGACUUCGCUCGCAUUGGCAGUGGCUUCUCCAUCUCCUGCGCGAGCGCAGUCGACAACAAGAACGUGCUGCAGGGUGCCUUGUCGGUGCUCAACAGCGUUUCCGUGGGAAGCAGCUUGAGUGUCCGCUCGAAGGUGAAGAUGGGGGCGCAUAUGUCCGUCCUGGACUUUGCCACUACUGGUUCUGGACUCUCGAUCCGUAGCUACGUCCGCAUGGGCUCUGGCUGCAGCUUCAUGGGCCUGAUGCGAACGGGCAGCUGCUACCAACUUUCGGUAGUAGAGUGCGCCCACUUCGGCAGCAGCUUCAGUGUCCGCUCCAUGGUGCGUUCCGCGUGUCGACUCUCAGUUCUGGAUGCGGGUACGCUCGGCUCCGCCCUGAGCUUGCGGUCGUUCCUCCGCGCUGGAUCCAGCAUCUCGGUUCUCAAAGCGGUGCGUCUCGGAGAUCAGAUGUCCAUGGUCGGACGCGUCUUCUUGGGAAGCUCCAUGUCGGUGCGCAGCUUCGGGCGUGUCGGAAGUGCAGUGAGCAUCUUAGACGCAACCUCCUUGGGCAGCUCGAUCAGCGUUCGUGCAUGCAUGCGUGCCGGCUCGUGCGUCAGCAUGCUCGGCUUCGCAGCACUCGGAAGCUCGUUGUCGUUGCGCAGCUUCUUGCGACUCGGAUCGUGCUUGUCCGUGACGGGUACAAUCCAGUGCAGCAGUUGCCAUAGACUCUCCGUUGAGGGCCUGUGCCACAUUGCCAGCUCUCUGUCAGUGCGCAACUUCCUCCGCUUGGGUGACAAGAUCUCGGUCUUCGAUGCCACAGCUGUUGGAAGCACGCUCAGCCUCCGAUCGUUCGCACGCUGCGGCAGCUCCUUGUCGCUGCUGAAGACGGCCAGGUUGGGCCAGGACGUUUCCGUGAUCAACUUCUUGCAUCUCGGCAGCACGUUGUCGUUGCGCUCGACCUUGCGUGCUGGCAAGUGCUUGUCGACCUUGGAUAGUGCUCAUUUGGGCAGCUCGCUGAGUCUCCGCAGCUACCUACGAGUGGGAUCCGCUUUGUCAGCCUCCGGUCAGUUCGCGCGCAUCGCGGGCAAGACCAGCGUCAUGCAGGAAGUCGCACUCGGUUCCAGCCUGAGUUGCCGUGCCUACGCGCGCUGCGGCUCCAAGGCUUCGUUGCUCGACUUCUUCCAAUUGGGCAGCGCUCUGUCUAUCCGCAGUGUUGGCCGCUUCGGGUCCGCUGUUUCGGUCUGCAGUUUUAUCACAGUCGGAUCCAGUCUGUCGUGCCGCAGCUACGUGCGCUUUGGCAGCGCCAUGUCGACGUUGAACUUCGUUGACAUCGGCUCCUCCAUGAGCGUACGCGCGUUUGCGCGCUUGGGUUCCGCCAUGUCAGUGACAGGGCAGUUCAACUGCGGUUCGUGCUACCAAUUGAGCGUCAUCCAGUGGACACACUGCGGUUCUAGUCUCAGUCUCCGCUCCUGCGCUCGGUUCGGCAAGGCCUUGAGCGUGUUCGACGCCGCUCAUCUAGGAAGCUCCGUCAGUCUGCGUGCAUUCGCGCGCGUCGGCAGCUCUAUGUCGCUCUACGGAAAGGUCCGCUUGAUGGGUGCCGCAUCUGUUGUAUCGCAAAUGGAGGUCGGAUCAACGCUCUCCCUGCGAAGCGUCUCUCGUUUGGGUUCCAGACUCUCUGUCUUCGACUACCUGCAGCUCGGCAGCUCAGUUUCGAUGCGCAACUUCGUUCGCACAGGAAGUUCAUGCUCCGUCCUCGGCAGUGGGCGCUUCGGUGGCGCAUGCAGCGUGAUGGAUAUGUGCCAUCUGGGAAGCGCGAUUUCUGUGCGAUCCACCGUACGUCUGGGCUCUGCCGCUUCCGUGCUCAACUUCGUGAACGUCGGGUCCAACUUGUCGGUGCGCAGCUUCGCGCGACUCGGCUCCAACGCUAGCGUGAUCGGCCUGGCCGCCACUGGCAGUUGCUUGCAGCUCAGCGUACUGAACUUUGUGGCAUUUGGCAGCUCCAUCAGCGUCCGAUCUCUGGUCAGGAUGGCCUCCGCUUGCUCUGUCGUGGACUUCGUGAACGUGGGCUCCUCAGUCUCGUUGCGCCAGUACACGCGCAUCUCCAGCGGCCUCUCGAUCUUCGGCGUAACGUCGAAGAAGGCGACUUUGGCAACGGGCUUGAGCGUCCUCGCACACGUGGAACUCGCCUCCUCCCUGUCUGUGCGCUCGUGCUGCCGCUUCGGUAGCGCACUGAGCGUUCUGGACUUCACGGGCUGCGGCUCCUCCAUGAGCGUACGCCAGUUCGUACGUUGUGGCAGCAGCUUCUCAGUCCUUCGUGACGUCAACGCGGGUGCCAAGAUGUCUACGCUGGAUUGCUUGCAUUUGGGUUCCAGCCUGUCUAUGCGCAGCUUCGGUCGCUUCGGCUCAGCAUUGUCCGUACUAAGCUUCAGCACUCUGGGAAGCAGCGCUUCGUUGCGCACGUUCGCUCGUAUGGGAUCCGCAUGCAGUGUGCGUGGUAUCUUCAACGUUGGCAGCGUCUGCAAGAUGAGUGUUAUUGACUUCUUGCACUUGGCGAGCACAUUGUCUGUGCGCUCCUACGUACGCUGCGGUGCCGCCUUCAGCGUGCUGGAGGCGCAAACGAUUGGAUCCGCCCUGUCUUUGCGUAGCUUCGCACGUGUGGGCAGCGCGAUUUCCGCCACCGGUGCCGUCCGAUGCGGCAUGACCUUGUCGUUGUGCUCGCAGGCGACGAUCGGCAGCUCGAUGUCGCUCCGCAGUUCGGCUCGCUUCGGCUCCGCUCUCUCGGUGCUCAACUUCGCGAACUGUGGCAGCUCUCUGUCGCUCCGCAACUACGUGCGCAUUGGUAGCGCCUUGUCCGUAACCGGUCUUGGCUACGUCGGCUCUUUGCGCAUGUGCUCUGUGAUCAACAGCGUGCAACUCGGCAGCUCCUUGUCUCUGCGUUCAAGCGCCCGCAUGGGCAGCGCACUCAGUGUGCUGAACUACGCAAACCUGGGAUCCAACCUCUCGUUGCGAUCCUUCGUUCGCGCUGGCUCCGCACUCAGCGUUGCUGAGGCCGCACGCCUCGGUGGCUGCUUGUCGGUGAUCAACUUCGUGCAUCUUGGCAGCAGCAUCUCCGUCCGCAGUACAAUCCGUCUUGGCAGCUCCCUCUCAAUCCUGGAUGCAACACAUCUUGGUAGCAGCAUUUCACUGCGAUCGUUCAUUCGUGCGGGCAGCAGCUGCUCGGUCUUCGGCCGCCUCGGCGUCGGAAGCUGUGCUCGCUGUUCCGUCAUCAACUGGUUGCACUUGGGCAGCAGCAUGUCUCUGCGCUCCAUGGCGCGCUUCGGCUCCGCGAUGUCGGUCCUCGACUCCACGGCAAUUGCUAGUUCCAUGAGCAUCCGCAGCUUCGUGCGUCUCGGUUCGUCCUGCAGCAUGCUAGGCCGCUGCUUCGUGCACAGCUCGUGCUCGAUUCUCGCGGAACAGCAUAUUGGAAGCAGCUUGAGCCUACGCAGCUACACGCGAUGUGGUGAACACUCUUCGAUCCUGAGCUUCGCAUCCCUGGGAUCCGCUCUGUCGAUCCGAUCGUGUGUCCGCUUGGGAAGCGGCAUGUCGGUUAGUACCAAAUCGCAGGUCGGCCAGCAGCUCUCGAUUCUAGCGCAAGCGAGCCUCGGAUCCACCUUGUCGAUCCGCAGCACGGCGAAAGUCGGUGCCGCAAUGUCGAUGCUGGACUUCUCCUUGAUGGGAAGCACUCUGAGUGUCCGUUCGUACAUGCGCUGCGGCUCCAACCUCUCUGCGCUCGACUACGCGCAACUGGGCAGUGGCUUGAGCAUCCGAUCGGUCGCUCGCUUCGGCAGUGCCUUGUCUGUGCUUAGCUUCAGCAACGUCGGCUCCUCGAUGUCUCUGCGUUCCUUCGUGCGCAUGGGCAGCAGUCUUUCGGUCUCCGGUGCAACCCUUCUCGGCAGCAUGUGCCGCUUGUCGGUCAUCGCUUUGGUGAACCUUGGCAGCACGCUUUCCGUUCGCGCUUACACGCGUCUCGGCAGCAACCUGUCUGUUUUGGAGCAUGUUAGCGUUGGAUCGGGACUCUCAAUCCGGUCCUUCUCGCGCUUCAGCUCUGCUCUCUCAGUCCUGGACAGCAUCGCUUGCGGCAGCGCAAUGUCCGUGCGCGGAUUCGUCCGUCUCGGCAGCGCUUUGUCGGUGGCUGGUGGUAAAGUUGCUCUCGGUCUCAACGGUGAGAACCGUUGUUCCGUUGGCGCAGUCGCUCAGUUUGGACGCGAAUUGUCCAUCCUGGCAGCCACUAGCUUGUCCAGCACCUUGAGUCUGCGUUCCUUCACUCGCUUCGGCAGUGCAGUGAGCGUAAUGGGCUUCGCCACUUUGGGCAGCAGCCUGUCUUUGCGUUGCUUCGCGCGCUUCGGCAGCAGCAUUUCUGUCUUCGGCAAGAUGAGCCAGAAGGGACGCAUGUCUGUCGUCGACCAUAUGGCUUUGGGAAGCUCGUUAUCUCUCCGCAACUUCGCUCGUAUGGGCAGCUCCAUGUCGCUCAUGGAUUUCUUAGCCAGUGGCAGCAGUUUGUCGCUGCGAUCUGCGGCUCGCCUCGGCUCAGCGUUCUCGGUGCACAAGUCUGCUAACUUUGGUGCUAGGUGCUCCGUUUUGUCGCACUUCCACUUGGGCAGUUCGUGCAGCGUCCGAUCCGGCACUCGCAUGGGCAGCAACAUCAGCGCGUUGAACUUUGUGCAUGUCGGCAGCAGUUUGUCCGUCCGCAGCACCGCUCGGAUGGGCGGCUGCUUGUCGGCCCUCAACUACGUCGCUCUGGGAAGCUCUCUGAGUAUCCGUGGUUCAGUGCGAUUAGGAAGUGGACUGUCAGUGCAUGGCUUGUCGCGCAUGGGCAGCAUCUGCAACUGCAGUGUGAUCGACUUCGUCCACUUCGCGUCCUCCAUGUCUGUCCGUAGCUUUGUGCGCUUCGGCAGCGCGAUUUCGGUCUUAGACUUCACGACUCUCGGUAGUUCCAUGUCCUUGCGUGGUUCCGUUCGUCUCGGCUCCUCCCUCAGCGUGUACGCCAACGCUAAGUUCGGCGGCCAGAUGAGCGUCAUUCAGCAAGUGCACUUGGGAAGCUCGUUGUCCGUACGUGGACGCAUGGGACGCUUCAGCGCUCAGGUUUCCGUCUUGGACUACAUGAACAUGGGUUCAAGCUUGAGUAUCCGACAUUACGUGCGAUGCAGCAGUGCCAUGAGCUUAAUGGGCUUGGCUCGCGUCGGCUCCUGCUACGAGUUCUCCGUGAUCAACUACGUGUCGCUCGGCAGCUCGGUGUCUGUUCGGAGUGUCUCGCGAUUCGGUGCCGCAGCGUCGGUGUUGAACUUCGUCACUUUGUCAAGUUCAGUGUCUCUGCGCCAGUUCAUGCGCGCCUCGUCUGGCGUAAGCGUGUUGGGCACGCUCCGCGUUUCAGGAAGAGCUGGCAUGAGCGUCGUUUCGCAGGUGGCGCUCGGCAGCAGCUUGUCUAUGCGCAGCUUCGCUCGCAUGGGCAAGUCCCUGUCUGCUCUCGACGCCGUGUACCUUGGCUCCAACCUGUCGAUCCGCAGCGCGGUUCGUAUGGGCUCUAGCCUUUCCGUCUUCGGCUUCGGUGCCUUCGGAAGCUGCUUGCGGCUCAGUAUCGCACAGCAAGUGGACAUCGGCAGCAGCCUGUCGAUCCGGUCCUUCGUCAGGUUCGGCUCCGCUUUGUCCGUCUUGGAUGCCGCGUACCUUGGCAGCAGCUUGUCUCUGCGUCAAUUCUUACGUUCUGGCUCUGCAGCUUCCGUUGUCGGCGCCAUGCGCGUUGGUGGCGACCUGUCUGUUGUACAGUGCGCGAACAUGGGUUCGAACUUGAGCAUGCGCUCGCACGUCCGCUUGGGCGCUAGAACUUCCGUUUUGGACUUCCUGAACGUGGGCAGCUCGGUUUCGCUCCGUGCCUUCAUGCGAUGUGCAAGUUCCGCAUCCUUGAUGAAGAAUAUUCAGGUUGGAGGAAUGUGCAGUGUCUUAGACGCGGUGCAAUUGGGCAGCAGCUUCUCGGUGCGCAGCUGUGGUCGCUUUGGAUCCACGAUUUCGGUUCUCACGUACGCUUCUCUUGGUAGUUCCUUGUCGGUGCGCAAUUUCGCGCGCCUCAGCGACGGCUUCAGCGCUCUGAGUUACGCGCAGCUGGGCAGUAGCAUCAGCUUGCGGUCCACAGCGCGCUUCAGUGGUAGUUUGUCGACAUUGGAGUUCGUAACCAUUGGCUCUAGCCUGUCCUUGCGCAACUUUGCACGCAUUGGCUCCGGCUGCUCGGCGAUCGGCUUCGUGGCUUGCAGUUCCUGCUUCGCGAUCAGCGUCAUCAACACCGUGGAUAUCGCCUCGUCGCUGAGCGUCCGUUCGUUCGCGAAGAUGGGUGCCAGUUUGAGCGUGAUUGACUUCGUCCAGAUGGGUAGUUCUCUGUCCGUCCGUCGUCACAGCCGUCUAGGUAGCGGCCUCUCAGUGCUGAACUACGUUGCCUUCGGCAGCUCGCUGUCUGUGCGCUCGCACACGCGCUACGGCAGCCGCAUGAGCGUUCUUGACAUGCUGAACCUCGGUGCUUCGCUUUCCACGCGAUCCAACAUGCGUGGUGGUGCCGCAAUGUCCUUGGUGGACUGCGUUGGCUUGGGAAGCUCGCUCUCCGUGCGCAGCUGCGGCCGAUUUGGAAGCGCUCUCAGCAUGCUGAACUACGUGUCCUUCGGCAGCUCUUUGAGUCUCCGUAGCUACGUGCGUUUGGGGAGCUCCUGCAGCGUCAAGGGAUCCGUCCAGGCACAAAGCCGCGUCAGCAUCCUGAACUACGCCAGUCUCUCCAGCUCUCUGAGCACGCGCUGCACCGCACGCUUCGGCAGCGGCAUGAGCGUUUUGGGCCUGUGCAACUUGGGCAGUUCUUUGAGCUUGCGUUCGCAGACACGUCUAGGCAGCUCUCUAUCCGUCUUGUCCGGCGCUCGCGUUGGCGCUAAGUGCUCAGUGGUAGAGCAGACGCACUUGGGAAGCUCCUUGUCCGUGCGCGCCUCUUGCAGAUUCGGAUCGUGCGCUAGCGUCCUGAACUUCUUCCAGCUGGGAUCGAGUUUGUCCGUCAGGUCGCACCUGGGUGUUGGUUUCAACACUAGCAUCAUGGAUUUCGUGAACUGCGGAUCUGCGAUGAGCGUUCGCAGUUUCGCGAGGUUCGGAUCGCGUGCCUCGGUGCUCGACUACCUGAACGUCGGCAGCUCGCUCUCGCUUCGCAGCUUCGCGCGCGUGGGAUCUACCUUGUCCGUUGCUGGAAUGGCCGCUCUCGGUAGCUGCAACAAGUUCUCCGUCAUCGGAUGCACAAGUUGCGGAUCCUCACUCAGUGUUCGUGGUAUGGCUCGCCUCGGAAGCCGCGCUAGCGUCUUCGAAUUCCUGGCUUUGGGAUCGUCUUGUUCCGUCCGCUCCGCAUCGAGGUUUGGUUCCAAGAUGUCUGUGCUAGACACGCUGAACCUUGGAAGCGCUUUGUCGUGCCGCAGCGUCAUUCGGUCUGGCGCCUCGUUGAGCGUGCUCAGCUGGGUGCACACUGGUAGCUGCGUAAGCGUGCGUUCCUUCGCUCGUCUAGGCUCUCACGGAAGCGUCCUUGACUACGUGAACAUCGGCAGCAGCUUGUCUGUACGCAGCUUCUCGCGUCUCGGCUCAGCCUGCAGCUUGCUUGACUUCACGCAGCUCAGCAGUGGACUGUCGGUUCGCAACUUCGCUAGGCUUGGCUCGACUUGCAGCGUCAUCGGCCUCUGCGCUUUGGGCAGUGUGAGUAGUUUGAGUGUAAUCAACUGCUCGUCUCUGGGCGCGAGCUUGUCCGUCCGCUCCAUCGCACGUAUGGGCAGCAACAUGUCCGCCCUCAACUUCGUAUGCUGCGGCUCCAUGGUUUCCGUCCGCUCAACAGCGCGCUUCGGCAGCUCCUUAUCCGCUCUCCGACAUGUACGUGUAGCAGAACAAGUCUCCAUCCUGCAGCAGUGCCACUUGGGUAGCUCAUUGUCCGUCCGACGUGUUGUGCGUGUGGGAGACGCGGUUUCGGUGCUCAGCUUCGCAACGUUGUCCAGCAGCCUGUCCAUCCGCAGUUGCUCACGCAUUGGCAGCUCUUUGUCACUCGCGGGUAAGACUGUGAUGCAUGGCGCCCUCUCGAUCCUCGACAGCGUACAGCUAGGAAGUUCCGUCUCGAUGCGUUCCGUCGCUCGCUUCGGCUCCAUGGUCUCCGUACUCAACUGCGCCCAUAUCGGCAGCUCGCUCUCCGUGCGCAGCUUCGCACGUGUCGGUAGCUGUCUGUCCGCGUUCGACUUCGUAAACGUUGGCGGCGCUCUCUCAUUGCGUGGUGUUGGACGAUGCGCUAGCUCCCUCUCAGUCAUGGAUGCCAUCUUCAUGAGCAGCUGUGUCUCCAUGCGAAGCUUCCUAAGAAUCGGCUCCGGUUGCAGCUUGCUCGGACUCUCUAGAGUGUCGUCAGUGCACGCACUGUCCGUAAUCAACUUCUCGAACGUUGGCUCUAGCGUGUCUCUGAGAUCAUUCCAGCGUCUCGGAUCUCGAGUUUCCACUUUAGACAUGUGCGCAUUGGGCAGUUCCUUAUCCGUCCGCUCACACGCCAGACUCGGCGCGUCGCUGACAGUCCUUGAAGCAGCUAGUCUCGGAUCAACGUUGUCAGUCCGCUCUAUGGCUAGACUGGGUUCCAGACUGAGUAUCGUGGACUUCUUGCUCAUGGGCAGCUCGCUGUCUAUCCGCAACAGCCAGCGCAUCGGAUCUAGGUGCAGUGUACUGGAUUGCCUGCAGAUCGGAGCUGGGCUCUCAUUGCGCAGUCACGCUCAAUUUGGCGCCAACCUGUCGAUCAUUGACCUAGUCGAUAUCGGAUCAGCACUUUCGUUGCGCAGCUACGUCAGAGCAGGUACUGAAGAAUUGCUUCUUUCAGACUAUGAUGUUGAUGUCUAAGGAACGAGAGUAGAGUACAGUAGGAUAAGCAAACUUCUUACUAAUGCAUUAUUUCUACUUGAUUUGAUUUACAAUCAAAUCAUCAUCGAUUCAUUCCCCUCACCGUUACUGCAUCAACCUAACGAACAUUCGACCAGGUUCGUCCAUCUCCGUGAUCGGCCGAGCCGCAGUCGGUAGCGUGUGCAGAUUGAGCGUUAUCAACUUCGUGCAUAUGGCAUCGAGUUGCAGUGUGAGGAGCUUCUCUAGAUUUGGUACAACUUUUUUUGAGUAGUGAAUGACUUCGUUUUUAGACUGUUUUUUCACGAAGAGUCAAUUGGGUAUCUACAAGUAACGUGUCUCCUCUGCAAUCAUUUCAGAAACACGCCACAAACAACAGGUGCUCAGUUGUCCGUGUUGGAUGCAUACUGCCACGGAUCUUCCGUGAGUAUCCGUACUUUUGCCAGACUAGGAUCAAGCUUGAGUUGCGAAGGAAGGUCGCAUACGGGUAGUCUAUCAGCAACUGGAAGAAGCUAUGCAGGAGAUACGCUUUCGGUACUUGAGUUUAUAGCAACAGGAGUUUUGGAUGGAUGAGGUUUGGAUCGUUAAGGAGCAUGGAAAAAAGUCUAAGUCAUAAACAGUAGCUAUCUACAACGUGGUACGUGUACCUGCCAACCAUGGAACUGAAGAGUUGCUUUAAAUAAAUAUAUAUCCAAAAUGAAAAAUUAUACCAUCCACCUCGCACAAUAACAGGUCUUCAGCUUCUCAAGAUUCGGAGGAAAGGCUUCAGUGCUAAAUUGCAUGGCACUGGGAUCAUCCUUGAGUCUCCGUAGCUUCCUGCGACUAGGCUCUGCGAUGUCCGUGCACGCGACAGGUAGGGAAGAUUCGAUUAUAAGAUUUGAAAUUCUACUAGAUGAUAGAUGACGGAUUCCAAAUGAUACAGACCAUGUACUAUACUUUGAACAACAUUUCAUCUUCGUCAUCGUCCACACAAAUUCACAGGUUGCUUGGCAAAGGCGCGCGUCCAGCGCGCGUUGUCAGUGCAUAACCGACUCAACGUCGGAAGCAGUUUGUCAGUGCGCUCUCACGCAAGAUUGGGAAGCCGGGCUUCGGUAUUGAUGAUUUUGAUUUGCCUCGUAGAAACAUACCAAACAGACACAUCGUGCUUAGAAUGCUCUUCCCCAUCACGAAUAAAAUUUACCUCUCAUCAAACAAACGUUUACUUGGAACCCCUCUAGGUCCUGGACUUCCUGCAUAUUGGUGGAGCUUUGUCAGUCCGAUCCACCUCCCAAAUGGGUAGCAAUUUGUCUGUUUUGGACAUGGUCCAAGUCAGCAGUUCUUUGUCCAUGCGUUCUUACGCACGCUUCGGAAGUUCGCUUUCAGUACUGAACUUCGCGAACCUUGGCAGUGGCUUGUCUCUCCGCAGCUUCGUCCGCUGUGGAAGCACCUGCUCUGUGCAUGGCUUAACCGCAGUCGGAUCCCUCUCCAGCAUGAGCGUGAUUAACUUCGUGUCUGUCGGCAGCACACUGAGCUUACGUAGUUCGUCCAAGAUUGGCAUGAAGAUGAGCGUAUUGAGCUACGUGCAGUUGGGUAGCUCUUGUUCGCUGCGAUCGAUCUGCAAGGUAGCAGCAAAAACCAGCCUCUUCGACAUGAUGGCGAUUGGAAGCUCUCUGUCGGUCCGAAGCUGUGGCUGCGUCGGCAAACGCAUGUCGGCACUGGACUUCCUGAAUAUGGGUACCUAAAACUGAAGAUUUUUUUGAUUAACAAAUGCAUUAGUGGAGAAAGCUCGUCGAUCGCGAAGACAUAUUUUUGCUUCAAAAAUGUUUCGUUGAGAACUACUUCAUCCUUGUAAAUCCGACUUCUUUAUCCAGGUUCUUCCAUCUCUGUGCGAAACCACGGACGCUUCGGAAGCAAGGCUUCUGUCCUUGACUUGCUGGCUAUCGGUGGCACUAUGAGCUGCAGAUCGACAGGUAUAGACAUUUACAGAUUUAUGCCUUGCACGAGCUUUUAUGAUUUGUUGUCUCGAUAGGUGAAAACUAGUUGAGAUGGUUUAGAAAUCUUUCCUGAUAAGAUGAUCACUGUAUCCUAGCGCAACAUGAUGUAUGUAAUUAUUUGCAACAUCACAAUCUUACUACAUCAUCCAAAAACAUCUAAAAACCCCUUUUCCACAUCAACAGGUCAAAUGGGCUCUCGCGCCUCUGUCUUGAACUUCGCUAUUAUGGGAAGCAGUGUGUCUUUGCGCGCCUUUGCUAGAUGCGGCAGCUCAUUGUCUGCAUUUGGAUCGACGUCGUUGGCCGGGGUAUAAUGUUGAUAGAGAAAUGAAGUAGAGAAAUGCAGAAAAAUGAAAGUUUCUCUAUCAGAGUGAUUUUCAUUUUCUCUUCUUCGAAUCACCUCAAGGUUGGCAUCAAUGAUGAGUCACUUUUUAGAAUCACCAUGAUGAGUUACUUUUUAGAAUCAUUAUGAUGAGGCACUUCUUGAACAUGAAAUGCCAAGCCCAAAACUACCCAACCGCCUAAACUCAAAACUGCACAGGCCGUCUCCGCCAAACGUCUAUCCGUAAUGGAGACUGUGAACCUUGGUUCAUCGCUAUCUAUUCGGGGAACGACAAGAAUGGGAUCGCGAGCUAGUGUCUUGAACUUCGUGCACAUGGGAAGUUCUAUGUCUCUCCGUGGCUUCGUAAGGGCAGGCAGCAGCGUUAGCGUCAUGGGAAUGGUAAACGUUUAUUUGUUUUUGAAAGACGAUGAUGUGCUCCUGGCGUAGUAUGAUAAUUUGAUACCACGUGAAGAUUCAUCAACCAAUCAAUCUCCCGCCUAAAUAUUGAUCCAAAAAACCCUUUCCCACCCCCAAAACAGGGCCGCUUCGGUGGUGAUCUUUCGUUGAUGCAAUGCUGCAAGUUGGGCAGCAGCGUCUCUCUCCGAUCGACGGCGCGAUUCGGAAAGUGUAUUAGCGUAAUCGACUUCGUCAUGAUUGGAUCCUCGCUGUCUUGUCGACAAUUCACUCGUAUGGGCUCCAGCCUAUCCGUUGCCGGCACAUGCACAGCGGUGCCAGGUGGACAACUGUCAGUGCUGAACCAAGCUUCUAUGGGCUCCAGUCUAUCGAUCAGAAGCUUUGCGAAGUACUUGACUAUACUUUCUUUCAAUCUAGUUAUGAACGAAUAAUUUAAAUACUCUCGUUAGUCAUCCUACGACAUUAAUCAACCUCAACACCGUAAAAACAAGUUAUUGUACGCUUUUCCUCUUCAUCACAUAAGUCACUCACCCGUUCCCUUUCCACAUAAGUCACUCACCUUUUUCUUACAACUCCAGGUUCGGCGGAUCGCUGAGUACAUUGAACUUCGUGCUGAUGAGCUCGUCGCUCUCAACGCGUAGCUUUGCACGCUUCGGAUCUAGGGCUUCGGUAUUUUUUAUGAUUUCUAUGAAUACCUCUUGUUAGGCACGUACAUUCAUUCAUUCAUUCACUCAUAAAAAGACAAUUUGCAUUUUCAUUUCAAUCAUUGGGAGCGUCGAAAUACCUGCACUGGUAGUUUCCGUACGACGCUGACCAACAUCUCAAACAUACAUCCCUAAACACAGGUCCUUGACUUCAUGGCCAUGGGAAGCUCCAUGAGCGUCCGCAGUGUAGUGCGUAUCGGAAGCACAGCCUCUAUCUUCGGCCGCGCCCGAUUUGGAUCGAAUCUCAGCGUUUUGUCAUUCAGUACUGAACUUAUUGUUAUUUUUUCUUCUUUUGGUGUUGGUAGUAACAGAUAAGUCUAAGUUCCUUAUUCGGCAGUGGUUUCCAAUUUGAUGUGUGAAUACCAGCAUUAGAAACUUCCCUGUUGCACAUUCAAAGCCAUUUCCACAACCUCCGGCUAAAAACCACUCACAGCUGAAUUCGGUGACUCUGUAUCGAUGCGGGCAUAUGCUAAGUUCGGAAGCGCACUCAGUUGCUUGUGCCAUACCACGAUCGGCUCCUCCUUCUCUAUGCGUAGCUUCGCACGCCUGGGAAGCAGUACCUACUUAUCAACUUUUUGCUUAUUUGGCAUCUGCAUCAGGUAGGCAGUCAAUUAAUAUGCUCUAAAAGUUCUUGUCUUUCUUUUUUUAAUACAUACUUACUAAAUGAUCUUUCGAAUCACCUCCAAAAGCAAACAAUCAUGCCUAACAACAUUCAUCACUUGCAUCUCUUCGCUUCAGGUAUCUCGGUCGCUGGCGCAACAACGCUCGGACAGUACACUUACAUUGGACAUAACGGGAAUUACAUCAAGUAUGUUGGUGGCACGGAUAGUGGUGUAAGCACAGCCUACGCCUUCUGGGCUCAGACCACCAGCACGCCAGGCUCCUACUCGCCUUCGCGACGCAUUACAUUCACGUACUUUCUUAUACGCUUUUUUUACUGCCAUUGGUUGAGUAUGGUUGUCUGGAAAUGGAAACGUAAGAUUUUCAGAUUUAACAAAACAAGCAUGUUGAUACAAGUGUAAGUAGAUACAACUGAGUAUUAAGUUUUUUAUUACGCUCGCAACCAAGAUUAGGAUUCAUUCACAACGACCUCCUCGUGAAUCAUAAAUCCGGAAAAAACAGCGCGGACACAUCUGGUUCGCCGAAUAACGUGUUGCACGGCAACUGGCAGUCCGACAACGCUAUCUCGACAAGUUCCGACCGCAGACUGAAGAAGAACAUCCGCCCUCUGUAUGAGCAGAUCAUCGACCAAUCCCGCGGUUUGGCCAACUGGGAGAAGGCUAGUGCGGAAGCUAGAAAUAGCACCACUGUACUAACCUUGUCUGGACGAGGUACAACAACAACAUCUUCCGGUCAACAGCAUCUUCAGCAAAAGGAGGCUCUGAGGCGUAUCUUCCGCACGUUGAAUCCGGUGAGCUACCAGAUGCGCAAUGCUGGCGAGAGCAAGCAAUUGCACUUCGGUUUCAUCGCGCAAGAAUUGGAGGAACUGUAUCCGAACCUAGUAGCCACAACGCCCAGCACGGGCUUGAAAGCGGUCUACUACCAGGACAUGAUCGCGCUGCUGACGCUCACAGUGCAGCAGGAGAUGGAGCGCCUAGAUGUGGUCGCGAUGCGCGUCGACAAGGUCAGCGAAGUGGCUUCCGAGCACGAGGAUAUGCUGAUCGAUAGCGAAGAGAAGAUCACCCGCUUGGAGAAGGAGCUGGGCAGUCUGAAGAAGAGCCACACCGAUCGAAUGGUGAGAUGGCAGGCUGAGGGGUUGCUAGAUGUGGAUGCUCCUCAUGGUGAAGCGGUGACAACUUCUGUCACCACCAAUACGACAGAACAGCAAGAAGUAAACUUGUUGAGGAAAGCUAGCGCUGGAUCCACAACGACGUCUAAAGCCGUCGGUGAAGCUGAAGCAACAUCAGCCACACGACCAGAAGAAGUAAUCGAAGAUGGUAGUACACUAUACGUGUAA